UUUAAGUGUUAAGUAUUUUUAUUUUCAAUUUUUUAUUACUAAUAUUAUCAUAUACAUAAGUUUUAUCGAUUUUAUUAAUGUUCGUUUUAUUUCAAUAAGUGUCGACUCGAAUAGGUAACUCACUAAAAAUACCUAUAAUAUACCUUAAAAGUUAACGGUUUAAUUUUUUUUUGAGAUGCUAACUUAAUGGUAUAAAAAUGCAUGAGUAUCUAUAGAUUUUAGAUUUUAGAUCCGAGCAAGGAAUGUAUAUUGAUAUUGCAAUAAUGUUUAUUAUUAUAUUUUUUUUCUAAUAAACAUCUUUUCUACCAGAAAUUUGGCUCCGAUUUUCAAGUGUAGCACUUUUUCUAAAAGGCAAUUUUAUCAGGGUAGUACUUUAAUGAGUUUGUGUUUUUUAAUUUCCAAGCUGUUUUCAUGACAAAUGGGAAAAACCGGUAAAAACGGGAAAACUUACGAAAAUAUAAAAAGUUAUAUUAUUUUAAAUUUUGUUUUUUUUUUUUUUUGUUAUUAUUCAGGAGAUGCAAUUGCCUCACCUCCGAUCAAAUCAGAGUAGGACAAACGUAUAAUUUCGCAUCCCCCUUAUACAAAUAUAUUGAAUAGACAGAUUUUUUGAAAAAAAUUACGGACAGGUGCAGUUUAGCUCCCUUAGCUCAUACGCCUAUGUUUAAAUACCUUCCCGAGUUGCCGCCUGCAGUACCGGCUCUUUUGGUCUUGUCUUCUAAUAUUCAGAAGAACGCAGCGAGAAAUAUAACAAUAUAUUGGUUGGGGUUUUUCUUCUCUCCGUUUACAUCUUUUCUGUCCCGUAAUCUCGGUCUGAUUCAAGUGUACCGUCUUUUCCGAAAGAAAACUGUCGGUUUAGAUGGGGAGGUGAUUUUUUUUUGUCGUUUUUACCGCGACUUUGUUCUUCGUGGUCGGGAAAAAUCGAAAAAAACGGGAACGCGUUUUCGUUCUCGUCAUUUGUUAUUGUACGAUAUCUCUAUGAUGAUGAUAUUAUAGCCGCACGACCGGACGGUUUCAACGUUCACGCCGCCGCGUUACCGGUGCCGCCACCGUCACAGCCUGCCGAUCGCGCCGUUAUUCGAAGGGAUCGCGCGCGCGCCUGCGAAUUGGCAAUAUCCUGACGCGCACACCGACGCACGCCGACACGCACACACACACGCGCGCACGCACAUACAUGACGCGUAAACAAACACACACACACACACAUACACAUACACAAGUGCGGGCGCGCGCGCACGGCCGUCGCGGGAGGACCGGAGACCGCGGAGUCGCGUUGCUCAGUAACCGAAUCGUUGAGCGGCAGACGAGACGACGCCUAUAAAAUCUGGCCGUCCUAUUCCCGGCCGAGUCCGCCGCCGCCGCCACCGCCGCCGCCACCGCCGUCACAAAACAUUACCCGGUGCACCCGCGAUUAUUAUCAUAAUUGUAUUGGAUAUUUGACGCCGAACGAUAAAAUAACAAUAGUAACAAUAAUAACAAUAAUAAUAUUUACCGUCCGCGCACCUGUGCCCGCAGCAGUUUAUUGUCGCGGUUAUUUCGGCGAUAUUGCCCCGCAGCCACAGUUGCAGGGCGCACGCGACCGCGUGUCACGCAUUGUUAUGUCGUGUGCCGAGACGGACCACGAGACGUCGUGACUUUGUGUUUCCGGUAAGUGGUAACGUCAAACGAUCAGUUAUUAUAGUGUACUAUACGUAGCGGUUUCAGUUAUUCGCCCUUAUUACGACCGCGUUCGAUCGAUAAAAACUCCUAGAAUUUUCCGUAUAAAAAUUACGCGGCUCGACGUGCACGGCGCGCGUUCCGGUGGAUUUUACGGUCAGGCGGAAAAGGGCGGGCGACGUCGAGAAUUUCAUCGAAAAUUUCCGAUUUCCGGCCUGGCGGAACGCUAUUAUAUGCCGCCUUUCCCCGUCGCUGUCGACGCCGAUUUUUCACGACCCGAACCGAAUUAUUAUUAAAAACUAUUACAUCAAUUUACAAGAAAAAAAAAUAUAUUAAUACGUCCGACAAUUCAAUAAUAAUUUUCAUAACACAGCGAUAUUUAAAAGCAGUCGUCGUCUCUUCCGGUUGUCGGGUGACCGCGGACACCUCGGGCACUCCCACAACCACCCCUCCCCCUCCCAACCUCCCAAAAUAUAUUGUUACCCGGUGGUGUCCAAAAAUAUUUGAAUACGUGGGUCGGUACAAUUUUUUUCAGCCCAUCUAUCCCUGAAACACCGACACCGAAACGGAAUUUUCGACAUUCACUAUACGUUUCUGUUGUACUUAUACGUGUAUACACGUCAACCGCCUACCCGCCCACCUAUUCAAUUUUUGUCCUGGAAGAUCUCAGCCGUGUCGCCGUUACCGAAACGAUAGCAAAAGAUUGAUUUUCGCACGCGUUACAUAAUUAAGUCGAAAAUAACAACAAUAAUUAUUUUCGGGACAAAUCGAAAUUUUCAAUGUAACUAGCGGCGUGUGAAUAUUAUUAUCAUUGGGCGCAGUCAGUGGCGCUCCCGCGAAUUUCCAACCGGAGUGGUCGCAGUAAAUAUAAUAAUCACCGAUUCGCGAACGUAUCGUAGACUCGCUGUGUGUGUGUGUCACGCUUAACACCCGCCGACGGCGCGAAUUCAAAAGCCGGAUCGAAAAAAGUCAAUUUUUUCGUUCGUCAGAUCGCGAUAUUCCCCCGCGGCCGGAAUGUAUACGAUUUCGGGAUGAAACAAAAAACGAAUGCGUACCGUUCAUAUAGUUGUUGCGUUUUUAAUCCGAUUCGGAGGGGGGCGGGGAGGGGGGCGAUAUAACCCUUCGUCCCUCCGGGCGAGCCGCCGGACGCAGCGAACGGAAUUCGAUAUUCGGACAUUUCGAUGAUAUUAGACCGGGUCGUCGUGCGGCGUCUUUAAUGACGUUUUAAUGGGUGUGAAAAUCUACGAAACGCUAUUACAUAUUUACUGGAAACCGUAACAAAUAUUUUAAACGUGCCAAUUAAUAUAUGCGAUCGGACUGGGGUUACCAACCGGGCAUUAUAACGUGUACAGUUUCGCACGCGCGUCAAUAUUGCGACUUGUGUUUGAAAACGAAUGCGCGGCCGACAACAAUCGUACGAAUAAAUUUAAAUUUUUAAUCGGAGAAAAAACACUUUUGUCCAUUACGGUUUAAGUCCGCGUAAAACGCGCUCUUUUCUUUUCUUAUUUUUUCCUGCGGAAACGUCGGAUAAUUUGUUAUUAUAUCAUCGAUCGAACACGCGCGCGAUACUGUUUUUUACCUUCCCGGAACCCGAAUCGAAAAAUUGUAAUUUUUUUUUUUUAGAAUUACGUUACGACGCGCCCGGUCCGUUUAUAAAUAUCAUUAUUAUAAAAUAAUAACGUUAUUGUUUCGUUUCAGAUGAAAAACCGUCAAUAAAUCGUUUAGUAUACUCAUACUCUAUAUAGUAUAACAAUACAAUAGAUAACAGUCGAUAAAAAAAAAAAGAAAACCAUGGGCGCGAAACGCAAGGACGUGUCGGAUGUGUCUCCGGUGGCCGCAGAUGAAGUCAUCAAACUCAAACCGAAAAUGAGCCUUUUGAACGGCAUCACGGUGAUCGUGGGCAGCAUAAUCGGUUCCGGAAUAUUUAUUUCGCCGACCGGAGUACUGGAAAAUACCGGAUCGGUAAACGCUUCGCUUAUAGUGUGGGUUUUGUCCGGCGUGUUCUCCAUGGUAAGCGUUUCGACAUUUUAGAUUCUGAGUGGAGCGUAGAAGCUUAUAGUUUUACAACUACAUUUUAUUUUAUUUUUUCAUAUCUGUGAACAACUUUUCUACCGGAAAUAUUGUUCCGAUUUACAAGUGUAUCACACUUUUUCUAAAAGGAAAUCUGACUGGGGCGGUACUUUAAGGAAGUCAUUUUUUGACUUUCUCAAGAGUUUUCCCGGUAGAUGGGGAAAACAUGAGAAAACCGGGAGAACGGGAAAAUAGGUACAAUAUCAAACAAAUAUUUUUAAUGAAAAUAUUUAAUGCCUAUUAUAUAAUUAUUUUACCAUAAUAUAUUAUAUUGUUGAAAAAGCAACAUUAUAAACUGAACUCCACUCACAAUCGUUUUUCCGUUAGCAAUGGUUAACCGCUGCUUACAGAUAUAUAUUAAAUUCCCGUCUGUAUCCUACUUUCUCAAAUUUUCACCUAUUUUUAUCUUUUUUUUCGACACUGCUGCAGUCAGAGCAGCACUCGUUCACGACCAUUAUAUUAAUAUCGUUUGAAUUUCAAAAACCGUUCGUGAAAUCCUAGUCUAAAAGAACGUCUCAAGUCUCCGUAUAGUUUUCAAUUAUAUGAUAUACACUAUUUAAUACGACUUUUUCUCUAUUUUACAUGUUUAUCAUCAUAUUUUACAUACAGGCCAAUUUCUGUGACACAAAAUUCUGAUCACCCUGCGUAAAAUACUUUGUACGAGAAGUUAAAUCAAAAUUAUAAUUUUAACCACACUAACCAGUAGGUCCGGGUCGAAAUCCCGACGUUUAGUACUCUUUUAAGUUUCAACCUUAUUUUAAAAUCGAAUUCAUUUGUGUAGACGGCCAGUGAUGGCUAUCCUCUCAAAAAAAAAAAAAAAAUAAAAAAUAAAUAUAUAUAAUGUAUUUCUGAGCUCACCCUACCCACAAUCAAAUAAAACAAAUACACAAGUUUUGUUUAAUGAAACACUAGGAAAUAUAAAAAAUACCAUAAGAAAAAUCAACCACAUAAUUUUAUAAAUUUAUUUAGGUACCUGCAACCAAAUCAUUAUGUUACUAAUCCGCCCACCCAUUAAUUGUUAAAUGUGUCCAAAGCAAAACUUAGACCACAUAGGAUAACCAAAGUUCAUGUUUUUUUUGUAAGUGCCUCAUUCAUUUGGUUUAAAUAGACGAUUAAUUUUAAAACUUAAUUUUUCUUCUUGAACUUUUUUUUGAUUAGGACCUGUAGUAAAUUUGAACUGUCGUGAUUUUGAUCGGAGUUGGUUAUUUGCACCAAAAUGAGUAUCUACUUGUAUGUAUUAGAUUAUCGAUUAUCGAAUAUUCGAUUGUCAAGUGUUUAUUCAAUAGACCCACAAUAGUAUAAUAGAAAAUUUUAGCUGGCCUAUACUACUAUUUUUAAAAAUACAAAAAUUAUUGUUUUCUUUAAGAUAAUAUUAUCUUCACAAUAUUUUGUUUCUAGAGAAUGAAUCUAUUAAUAUACGCUCGUUUUAUAAAACAUUAUUAUUACAUUAUUUGAUUAAUAUUUUCAAACGUUCGUAUAUUUUUAUAUUAUUUCAUUUUCUCACUUAAAACGAUAAAACAUACAUAUAUUCUAUUUCCGGGAUUUCAAACUACCCGUCACCCUUACUGGUAAUCAUUUCAAAGUUUGAUGUUCGAUUAUCCGCCAUAAUCGCACAAUUUAUUAUUUCGACCAAAUACUAAUCUAACUUUUAGUCUUUUCGACAUUUCAUUUAUAUCACAAAAAUACUAAAUUAUACUUGCCAAAAAUAAUAGAAUUGUUAUAAUAUUAUUUAAUAUAUCUGUCAUUCAUUAUUGUUAUAAGGUAGUUUUUAAUACUGACGUAAUCGUGAAACGGUGUAAAUUAAAUAAAUACUUAAAAAUCGAAACGGAACAUUCUGUAUCUUUAGCUACUUAUAUCUCAAUAUAUUAUAUUCUAUUAUCGAAACGUGUGUACAUAGAUACUAUCAAAACAAUAAUCGAUUUGAAUUUUGGUACAAAUUACAAUUCCUAUUUCUUACUACCUGAGAUGGUGCGAAAAUUACAAGUGCAGUUAAAAAAUGUUGGUGCAAAUUGCACAUGUUGUAUAUAUUUAAGAUCUAUUUCGGUGUAAAUUGACUGCACUCAUUUCGACUUGUCGGGAUAUCGAACACUUCUCACUAUAAUUUGCACCAAUUAAAUUAAGUAUGAGUAAAAAAGCAUAAAAAAAAAAAAUUGAAACUUGUUUCGUUCAAAAAUAUUGUUUCAGCCGCUCCAAUUGAAAUACAAUUACUGUUUCUAUUAUAUUUUAAUAUGUUUCUUUCACCCAAAUUCUCCGUCAUAGUUUCCGCCGCAGACAUUUUCCUAUUCUAACUUCGAGCGAUCUUCACACUUUUUAGGUGGGCGCCUACUGUUACGCGGAACUGGGAUGCAUGAUAACCAAGUCUGGAGCCGACUACGCGUAUAUCAUGGAGACGUUCGGUCCGUUUUUUGCGUUCAUGAGACUGUGGGUCGAGUGUAUGAUUGUCAGACCUUGUUCCCAAGCUAUCGUUGCACUCACCUUUAGCCUGUACGUAUUGAAACCAAUAUACACCGACUGCAAUCCACCGGAAGAAUCCACUCGACUGCUGGCCGCUUGUUGCAUAGGUAUAUACUAAUUAUACCUAUAAAUAGUAAUAUAUCGUUAUUGUUAGGAUAACGUGUUUUGGAAGGAUUAAGAUUAAAAGAUUAAAACUACAUGGAAUAUCAAGUUGAAGUACCAGCAAACAUCACGGGAGCAAGUCCGCAAUACUUGCAGGCCGUAUGUUUCGGUACCGCUGACUGUAAAGAUUGUACCCACGCAAAGAUUAUAUUAUUCCCCCACGCGUUAACUUAUCUGUAGAAAAUGACAUGUUUUUAAAUUUUCCUAUUCGUUUUCUGGGGGGAGGGGUUAAACUCUCAAUCCCACCCCUAGUGUACACGCCUAGUAAUCAGUAGUAUAAUACAGUAACGAUAUACCGAUUAACGGAUCGCCAUGAAAAAAUAUUCCCACAAUUUGAAUUUUAAACCAUUUACUAUAAUAAGAAAGGUUAGGUAUGUAUUUAUGAUCAUACUUAUAUUUAUAUAGGGAAGGAAGACAAUAAUCCUCUAUGACGUGACAACUUGAACAAUUAUUUCGGUCGCGUCGGAAUAUUCGAGUAAAUUAAAUUAAGAAAUUAUUAAAUAGUUUUAAUUAGAUUAUUCUGAAUAUGAAUCUAAUUUGAUAAGGUUUGUACAAUUAUUGACUUAUUGGGCAUCUUAAUACGAUAUAAUAGCAAUAAUUAUUAUAUACUUACUCGCAUCGGCGAUUUUAACGUUUCGAAACUAAUUAAACGAUAUGGAUACGAGAAAAUAUUAUUCAAUAUUGUUAUAUAAACGACAGAGAACUAUGUUUUAGCCGUAUAGUUUUAUAAUAUAUAAGGUCAUUUUUUUUCACGUUUAUUUACGCUAUAUACAUUUGCAGGUUUUCAUAAAUAUCAUAAUUACCAUUUGAUAAUUUCCUUUGAUUUGACAAAAUAAUUACAAUUUCUCUACAUCUUUAUAUCUUUCCUUUUUUUUUUUUCUAGAAAACCUUGUAUGCUUGUAUACUGUAUGGGUCCAUUGUUUAGUUUUUUGAAAUCCACGUUCCCUCUCCGCUAGUAUUUAUCAAUUUGAGUUUAAAAGUUUAGUACGAGAAUAGGUAGGUCUGUUUUUUCCUGAGUAUUUUCCUUUUGAAACCCAUCGAUUUAGUAUCCUAACGUUGCAUCGUGGACCACACCCAUACACGAUGAGACUUAGGUUACUACAGGUAACCUGUAAUAUGCAGUUUUCUUGGCGUCUCUUGAAAGAAUACUUUCGAAGUGAACAUCUUACUCAUUGCUCAGUAUUUUCAGUUUGCUGUACUUAUUCUUAGUUUAAUUUUAUCAUGUUUUUGGGAUGUACAUUAUGCCCGAGUGUUUCAAAUUCACAACCCGUUCAAAAGAUAACUGCAAGUCGAUAUUGAAUUUUCGUAGUACAACACACGGGAUAUCUAAUGUCUAUAACAACUGAUUAGCAUAUAUUAAUAUACCUACUUGGUUUUAUCUUCGUUUAUUGAACGCCCGUCGUUUGACUAGAUUCGAUUAGUUUUCUCAUACUUUUUCCAUUUAUAUAUUCUAUUCAAAGUUUUGCAACUAUAAAUAAGUAUUAGUAGUUUUAUAAAGAGGUUAUCUUGAAUACUGUUCAAGUAUAUAGUUUUAUAAUAACUAUAUCCUUGACAGUGCUAAAUACCGAAUAAUCAUUUUCGUUCAUAUUAUAAUAUAACAUAACGCGGUGUAAUGGAGGUGAUUAAUUUAUCGUUAUAAAUGAAUAUUAUUUAAUCGAGAUGUAUAUAUUGUGUCGAUUUGAAAUCAUUGUAUGUUUGCAAGGCGAUCAAGUCUUUGCAACAUUCAAAUCGUUCCGAUCGGUACUAUUACGUCUUAGUGUACACGCUAUGUAGUAAUUAUUAUUUAUUAUCCAACUACUAUCUGUUGUUAUAAACCAGUGACUAAAUCUUUAAUAUAUUAAACAAUUAAUAAUUAACGGAAUUAUUAAUGAAAAUGUAAAUAGAGUAUACGAGGUUUUGCUUAUUUCAAAAAUUGAAAUUGCAUUUGUCUUCUAAUUUUUUCUACCAGAUAGUUUUUUUCCCGGCAACUGUUUUUAACCCUGCGAACGCUAAAACAAUUACAAUAACACUGUCGGCGAAAAAUGUAGCGAUUAAAAUGGUAUUGCCCAUACGACAAAAAGUAAAACAACGGCUUUUUAAACUUUAUUUUACCCGCACUGCGAUAAUUUUUGUGUUUAAAUAACAAAUGUUUUUAAAAUUUUAAUAACAUUUUAAUGUAGCAAAGAAUGUAUCAGUUUUUAAAAGAUGUUUAUUUAAUUAUUUUUUUCUUAUGUAAACACUUCUUUUUGGUAGAAAGGUUACUUCGAUGUAAAUCUUUCUCUGAAAGGAAAUUUUUUGGGGUGGUACUUUUAGGGAGGUCGUUUUUUGAUUUUCCCAGGAGUUUUUUCAACAAAUACGAAAAACUGAAAAAAAAAUUAGGAAAAACGGGAAAAUGUAUGAAAGCAGGUAUUAGUUGAAAAAUGUUUCAAUCUUUUUUUCAUGUGAACAACUUUUCUAUUAAUAGUUUUGCUCGAUUUACAAUGAUAGCACAUUUUCUGAAAGGAAAUCUGAUUGGGGAGGUAAUUUUUUGAUUUUCCUUAGAAGUUUUCCCAAUAAAUGUGAAAAGCCGUAAAAAAAAACAUGGGAAAAACGGGAAAAUCAGUACUAUAUUAAACAAAUAAUACCAAAGAAAGUAUACAUAAUGCUUAUUUUAUCAUUUUUAAGCGUUUUAAAAUGUUAAAGAAAAUCGUAAAAUUCACUGUAUUUCAAAACCGAACAUCGCUCAGAUUUGGUUAAACGAGUUUUAUAGUACACUUUUGUUCGGUUACGGAUUUCAUUUCCAGUUUGUGCGUCGCACUGGGACCACGCGUAGGCGGUUUAACCCGAUGAUGGGCGAAAACCACGUGGUGUGCAGUGCCGUUUCGUCGGAGCUCGGGGAAAAUCAAUGAAACUUUCGCCCGCAGCUUCCCGUCAGGUGAUUGCGCAUUUAAAAUAUUCCGCCAUCGUCAUAUUACUGUUAUUACGUAAAUUCUCGGCGUAGAUAAACUUAACUAUACACACACAAUAUAUUAGCACAAGCCUAAAAACGCUCGGUUGGUUUCUAUUCACCAAACGUUUAGCUUGGUCCAGACGACAAUAGUUAUACUAUCGCGAUAGUUAUCUCGAAAUUCGCAACCGUGAUAAUUAUUAUCGUGAACUAUAGUCGUGCGAAUAUCGCGAGACCAUGAGAAAGAUAGCUGUCGUCGUGCAGUGAUGAACUUAAUAUACACUAUCGUUCCAUUAUUUCACCGUCGUCCGUUUCUAUCUGCAGUGGCUGUUGAUUGUUAUUUGUUUUUUUUCUAUACAUUUAUAGGUAAUAUAAUACAAGGAAACAGGUUACGGGAGCGGAUACCUCCCGUUCUACUGUUCCUGAUUUCAAUCGAAAUACAUUCUACCAUUAAGUUUUCUACUAUAUACACCCAUAUCAGUCUACUACAUCUUCGUACGGACGGUCUCACGCAGAUCUCUGUUAUAGUUAAUGACACGAUACUAACUGUCACGAUAGUAAAACUUUAUUUUUGUGCGGGCCAGCCAUUUGAGCUUAAAUCACUUAAAACUUGCAGUGUUUAUAACAAUCACACAAAUAACAAUAAUCUGCGGACCUGUGUAAUAAUGUUAAUCGUCGUUUAUAAGAAAUAAUAAUUUUUAUGUCACGUACCUAUUAAAAAAAGUCCGUAUUAAAAAAAAAAAUAAAAUAUAUUAUAUUGUGUAUUAAACGCGACAAACACCAUCAUAAGCCAAUAUAGACUCGGUAAAUUUAUAUUUAUUAUCUUUUAAAUAGUCGCGCAAAGGAAACACCUUGUUAACUACAAUAUAAUAAUAUUCGUGAAUAAUAAUAAUAUAUAAUAAUUCCACUCGGUGAAAUAGCAUAUUAUUAUUUAUUUUUUUUCAUUGUAGAUGUACGUGUCGCGUAUGAAAAAAUAAAUAAAUAACGCACGGACGAAAAGUAUGUUUAAAGAUAAGCGGGCCAGAAAAGUGUACACUGCGAGCGUGCAAAGUUCCCGGUCUUUCGUUAACGUUUUUCCAACGACAAAACUAUAAUUCAUUUUUGAAAAAAAAUUCGGCGACCUGAUCUGAUAUUAUGCUUGUUUAUAGAUAGAUAGGUAUCUAAAUAAAUUAAAUAUUAGCUCAAUUUGCGGACAGGACAUUUUUAAAAUUCUUAACGUACUUACAUUUCGGUAUCUGUUUUCUUUUUUCUUAAUAUUGACUAGUGUGAAUAUAUAUUUUAUUAGUAAUUUAUUUUUGAAUUUAUAUUCAAUAGCUGAUACUUAAUAUUCAUGUUUUAAUUCAUAACAGCAAUAAUAACAACAAUUAUAAUAUAACAUUAUUGUUAAUAUGUUAUGAACAAAUUAUAGCACACGUGUUCCACGGAGAUAUUCGUAAUAUCUCCAUAGUAAUAUCUCCGAAGAUAAUAAAGAUAAUCAAAUUCUGUUUUGUUUACAUAACUCACUGGGAUAAGAAUUAAAAAUGUUUGAAUUGUAAUUCAUUUUUUAUGUUUUGGUAAAAAAUUUAAAACUAAUAUUGAAAAAUUUGAAAAAAGCCAUUUAAUAAGUUAUAUUCGUCUGAAAAUAUUGACGUAUCAACUUUUUGUUUUCAUUAAAUUCGUAAUUUUUAAUAAUUGUUUAAAGUUCAGAGAAAAGAAGUGUAUAGUCAAUAACUAACCGUAAUAAUAAUAAUCAAUUAGAGAGUGAGAUUACAGCCUGUUGUGGAAUUAUAGGUACUUUUCUCUGAACUUUAAAAAAGUAACGAAUUUAAUGAAAAUAAAAAGUUGGGCACAUUGAAACUUUCAGAAAAAUAAACUCUAUAAAAUGGCUAUUUUCAAAUUUUUCAAAAAUAAUAAAAUAAUGAGUUAUUUUUUUUAUUAUCAAAGCAUAAGAAAUUGGAUUGUAAUAUAAAUAUUUGUAGUUCUUAUUCCUGUGAAUAAUGUAAAAAAAAAAAAAAAAAAACAGAAUAUAAUUAUCUUUAUUAUCUCUGGAGAUGUUACAAUGGGUAUAUUUUCGUGGGGCACUCAGUAUAUAAUAUCUCUUUUCGACCAAAACUUAUGUUUAGAAAGUUAAAAUUAAUAAAAUAAACGCUUAUGUACGUACAAAUUAUUAUUUCGAAGAACCGAGAUAAUUCAUAUUUCAUAAAAAUAGACUACCGUACUUUGUUUUUUAGUGAAACAACUUUUUUGCACGUGUAAUAUUACAGAUUAAAAAACGUGUAGUUUACUACGGACGUUACACGCUGGCGUACUGCACAUAUAUACAAUAUAAUGUAUGACACUCAUUAUCUCGGAAUGUAUUAACUUUUUACGUAAAAUUUGAGAAACAAACAGCACUAAUGUAUAACAUUAUUCAUAUUUUUUGUCACCCUCGUAUGCGAGGUUGAAAAGAUUACCAUAUUUUGAUUUUUAAAUGGCAACCUAUAUUAAAAAUUCAACGAUUAGAUAUCUUGAAGUUUCCUUUUAAAUAAAUUUGAGUGUUGAUAUUUGCAAUUUCCGUCAACGUGAUCACACUGUAUAGGAAUUAUUUUAAAUUUAACGCAGUUUAGAUGAAUUUCAUUUUAGAUAUUUUCGUCCUGAGAUAUUUUACUUGACGAACAAGAGAGGUACUUAUUAUUAUAGAUGCACGCAGAAUGUUUAUGGAUUAUGAGAUUAACCACCAUUUAACACUCACUACAAUAUAAUUGCAUUUUUAAACACUAAUUAAAAUUUUAAUUUGCAUACUAACUCCAGUUGAAUACCUAUUCAAGUUUUAUUAUUUGUUGUUUUUUUAGUUUUUUGAUCAAUGGUAAUUAUAUAAAUAUACAUAGUGCAGCCUCUUAAAUCUCCAAACUAUAAAUAAUUGCCAAUAAAUUAAGCGCUUAUUUUAUUUUAUUUUUUUUAAUUACAGUUUUCACAAAAUGUAUACGCGAUGAUUUCUAACGGUUGGUUUUAUAUAAUUUAAUUAAUUUUACUGAUUGUAUUUUUUGUUUCCUUUCAUAAUGAUAUAGCGGCAUAACGUAUUAACAGGCCCUGAUUUACGCACGAGCACAAUACUCCCAAAUUCGUAUAGGGUCCCAUUCUAUAACAAAAAAAAAAAAUUAAAAAAUACCUGGGAAACAGGGAUCCAUUUAUAUAUAUAAUGGUAUAUAUGUUAUUCCUAUAUAUUUAUCAUUAUCAAAUAGUAUAAAAGUUAGAAAUCCAAUUGCGUAUAGUCGACAGCGACGGCAGGUAGUCCUAACGAUAUCACUUUUGAAAAAAUACAAAUGUCCUAUUUUUUAAUACAUUUUUUUUUCUUCAAGCAUACUUGAAGCAUACAAACACAUACUUAUACUCUCUGGGAGUUUUUCCCACCAUCACAAUCUUCUACCGUAUAAUUUUUAUAUUAUAAAACCUCGACCUCUGCGCACUCCACUGUGGUUACAUAUAAGUAGUUCUUCUUUCUUCUAUGGUUCUUAAAAUGCUUCUUUUAUAUGCCUCUUAGGACCAUCCCAUUUCAAACCCACUCACCUCACUCUUCUCAAUUCAUUGCUAUUUCCUUCCAACUCGUGUCUCCUCCUAAUGAUUCCACAUCAUUUCUGUCUAAGUUUUCCCAUCUUGUUUUGGGUCUUCCAAGUGGUCUUUUUCCACACGGGUUUUGUUCCGUUACUGCUUUUAUUAACUCAGUUAUAUAUAGCUAUAUACUCGUUUGUUCCAAUCGUCUCACAAUACAGCUAUUCAACCAUUUAUUUUUCUCGCUAUGCGUCCGUAUAUAAAUUGCCUAAAGUCCUUCGCACGUCUCUAAUUUUGUACUCUCAAUAACGUAUCUAAAUUUGAUUACACCGACGGGAACGCGUGAAAUUGAGCGAGAAGUUGAGAAGAAAACAAAACAAAAGUACCACGUUUUGAAAACGUAAAUCGAAUUGCGCCUUUGCCUAAUUCCAAGUUAUCGGACGAUGUCGUUGAACUCGUACCAGCAGCAAAACACCCCUGUACGUAUUCUUUUAUUAAUCGUCACUGAUGAAACCAUAAUAAAGACUUCUUUAUAUACGUGUUCGGCUUAAAAUGUUUAAGUGCUCGUUGUGUGUGAAUCGCGUUAGAAUUUAUAGUCUGUAGAAAUUAAUAUGCAGUAAUGUAGUGUAUUAAAACGAAAUUAAAAAUUCCAACGGGUUUUUUUUUUUUUUUAUAGUUUUUAACAGAUAAUAUUGUAUACAUUGAAAUUGAUUGUGCACAUUUUUACUGAUAUUGAUAAACGUAGAAAUGUGUUUUACAGUGUACCUAUAUAGUAUAAUAUCACAAUAGUUUGAACAAACUGUAAUUUGGUUUUCCAGCAAAUGUGAAAAACCGGGGAAAAAAAACGGGAAAACCGGAAAAAUCGGUACAACAUUAAAUAAAUAUCAUUAAAGAAAAUAUAUAAAGCCUAUUUAAUUUUUUCAUUUCAAUAUGAUAUAUAUAUUACAUUGUUGAAAAAGCAUCACUAUCAACCGAACUCCGCUCAGAAUCGUUUUUUCGUUAGCAAUGGUUUAUCGUUGCUUACAUGUAUACAUUAAAUUACCUAUAACAGUUGCUGCACAUUUCCCAUUAUUCUAGAACGUCUUUUUAUUAUCAAUUUAACUAGAAUAAUAAUUAUAAUGAUCCAUAAUGUCAAUAAAUAAAGCUAUAUUUGUUUUUUUUUCCAAUGUUUAUUUUUAUUUUAUCUUUAGUAAUAAAUGAUGCAGUAAAAUUUGUAAAUAUUUGUAAUUAUGUACAAUUGUAAAAAAUAUUACUGUUUAAUAAAUAAAUAAUAUUAUCUUUAUUUUGUAUUAUUAUUAUGUGGUUCAGAAUCAAAUUAAUUGAUAAUACAUUAUUAUUAUUAUUAGAGUAUAUUUAAUGACAAAAUUUAAAAACAUUAGAACUUCAAAAUUAUAAGUUAUAUUUUAUUGAGGGUAUUAUUCAAGGCUGGGUUAAAAGGAGGGGGGACGUUAGCUAUACAGAUCACAAGACGAAGGGAAUCAAAAAGAAAUUUCGUCUCUUUUUUUUAUCUUUACAUUCUUUUUGGAUUUUAAGUGUAGCCAUAAGUUUCACAAACAUGCGUUUUUUUCUCGAUAAACAUUUUUUUAUUUAGUAAAAAUUGUAUAAUAAUUAAAAUAUGCAACAAAAUAAAUGUGAAUUAAAAAAAUAAAUCAAUUAGAAUAAAAAGAAAAGCUUCACGCCGUAUAAUUUCCCCUCUCAGACUAUGCGUCCGUCUUUGUAGGUAUAUUGUAAACAUUUUGUAGGUUCGACGAAACCUGUACUGGGAGUAUCAAAUAAAUUCGAAAUGUACUUUUCGAACAUAAUAUACUCGCGUUCGUGUUGAAAAAAAUAAUACCAUUUUUUUUUUUCCAGUGAUAUUGACGUUUAUCAAUUGCUGGGACGUCAAAUGGGCCACACGCGUUCAGGACAUAUUCACGUACGCCAAGCUGUUGGCUCUCAUGGUCAUCAUAGCGACAGGAGUUUACCAGUUGUUUGCAGGUAAAAAAAGCCGUUUACAAUAUUAUUUCAUUGAGAAAUCAUGUACGUAAUAUUAUACGUACGUUUGUGUCAAUACUUUUGAUUGACGUGUGGGCUAUAUUGACGUAUUUUAUUUAAUAACAAAUUGUAAGGAAAACGAAUCGUUGCCGAACUGAAAACCUAUCCGAUGGGCUUAGUAAAGUUAAGACGAUUAGAUAGUAUUUUUUUUCGUUGUCAUCGUUGCAGCGUAGCAAUAAUUUAGAUCGAUUUUCUUUCAAUUAGCCCGAUCGACGUAGUGAAGCGAUACGAAUUAUUCUGAAAAAAAAAAUGAUUUGAAUUGGUCCAAAGCGUAUCUACACGAAAUCGGUCGGGUCACUAAAGCGAAUUUUAGUUCAAAAAAUAUGAAUAUUGAAAAAAAAAAACUAUAAUUAAAUUGAAAAAGUUGCCGGCCGAUUUUAAGUACACACUAUGAGACACGCGAUGGAUCUAUUUUCCACAUGAAUCUAUUUUCCUACAUGUAAAAUAUAUAUAAUAUAUGAUGUUGAUGGUGUUUUGUUAAUAGCGCCGUUUACCACUAAAAAUCUAAAAAUGUGUGUUUUGUAUUAACAAAAUCAGAAAAAUUAGGAACACAAACUGGUAAAACGGCGUAUUUAAAUACAUACAAUUAAGCACCAAUACUUAAUGUGGACUAAAAUAUAUCCAGGUGCCCUUUUGAAAUAUGAUUAAAUCACCGAUGAUUUGUUAAAUGGGCGUAAAUCACAUUUAAUACAUGUAUACUUUGUGUACAAGCUAUUAUAUUGUGUACGAGCCAUUUUAUUGUUUUCCACGAUAAACAUCACUAAAAACUGUUUGGCUGUUUUUUUAUUUUUUUUUGCAAAGCAGUCCUUUUUGCUUCUUGAAAAAAAGUGAAAUGUGAUUGAUGCACUUUUAACAAAACGCCGUCUUUAUAAUUAUGUACGCACUCAGCAAAACAGGCGAGUCUGAUCAUAUUGUUUAAUCCAGUACACACAAAAUAAUACAUUUUCAAUAAAACCGAUUCGAGUUUUUGAAAUGCCAUAGAAAACAUCUCGACGGUAAUAAUAAUCUCAAAGCGCCCCCCUCCUCCCUGCGGACUGCAAACACUCAAACUAAAAGGGACGGAUGAUUUUACCUCAAACGUAAGAAGAGGAAGUCCGUCCCCGUACCGCUUUAACCGCUUUGUAUCCGACUAAAAUUGUUUCUUUAUAAUCUUUGCGAUCUGUCAACUUGCUCAUAGACGCCCACCGGGUAGCGGUACAACUGUAUUAUUGGUGGAUUCGUGUUUUUUUUUUUACAUUUUUGUUAUUAUUAGAUCCGCAAUUCGCGAUAAACGAUACAGGGUAAACGUAUAUACAAGCUUUGAAAUUGAAUUUAUUUCCUCGAUCACAUUUUGUUUAUGAUUAAAUCAGACUAAAUAAUAUUAUAAUAUGACGUAUGGAGUAAACGUAACAUUUUGAACGUAUUAUUCCGACCGCCGAAAAAGACAAAAUGCAAACAUUUUAUCGAGUCUUAAGAAAACUCGGUAAAAAAACGUCACCGGAUAUAAUAUAAUAUAUUGCGAUUGUAAUAGUUUAUUGAUAAAAACGUUGUUUUAUUUACAACAUGGCACCCUAUAUAUUAUUUUCUUCUUCUCGAAAAAAAAAAAAACACAUUUUAUACGAUAAAAAAUUGUAUUUUAAUAGUACGCGCGAAUUAUACAUCUCCGAAAACGGAAAAUCGUCGUGGUAGAGUUGUAGACCGUUCAAUCUGCAAUCAUAAUAAUAAUAUGAUAAUGAUGAUGUAUUAGAAAAAAAAAAACAACAUUCAAUCGUUUAAUUUUCCAUAAACGGUUCGGAAAUACGAAAACUAUAUAAAAUUAAUAACACAUUUAUAGACGGUGUAUACAUAUUAUAGGUAAUGAUAAUAAUAAUAAUAAUAAUAUAAUACACACGUAAAAAAAGUGCACAAUGGCAAAAUACAAUUUUUUUUUUUUUUUUUAAAAAUUGCAUACAAAAAUGCGUUUACGCUUUCGAGUAAAAUCGUUUGCCUGCGUUUAACGUUAUAAUUUAAUAAUCCAACAUAUAACGUACGGUACAAAUAAUUAUAUUUUUCAACAACCCAACCUAACAGCCCUAAUCUAUGUCGAACGUGGAAGGAUGGAAAAGCAUUUUCCGGGACAAGUUCUCGUUGGACUCGUGCAGUCGGCCGGGCAGACGGAGCGGGUCCGGUUCGUGGUCUUUUUUAAACUUCGAGAAACCGCCCGCCAAGUCGGUUUUACCGCCGAAAAAUCGCUGUUUGUCCUUACCGAAGACGCUGCUGCCGCCGUUGUUGUUGUUGUUGCCGAAUUGCAGUCUGAAAUCGUUGUUGUCGUUGUCUCUGGACUUGGAUUCGAAAUCGAGAACGACCGGCUGAAAGUAUUCCAAUACCGAUUCGUCGGACGACGUUCGGCCGCCUUUAAAACGGCCGCCGCCGCCGAAUCUGUCCGACGUCGACUUUCCGCCGUUGUACCGGAACAACGGUUUCGGACGUUUACCGCGGUCGUCGUCGUCGUUACCGAAAUCUCGCGAAAACUGCGAGGACAAUCGGCCCGCCGUGAAGUCGACACCGUGCCGGUCGUCGUUGUUGCCACCGAAAUUAUCGGAAAAGCCCGACGAAAACCGGCCCCCCUCGGACCGCCGGUCGUCGUCGAAGCCCCGGGAAAAAUGUUCGGCUUCCAGACGACCGGGAUUUUUGUCGUCGAGCGCGGCCGCCGACUGCAAGCCGAACUGUUCAAAGUCCAGUGGCUCGCCGGACGAGUGUUCGGACGGGAACGACGACAACAACGCGGUCGUUUUGGGCUCGUUAUUAUUGUUAUUGUUGUACCGGAACCGGGACCGGCGUUCGUCCGGAUUCUGGUUGACGUUCGACGAGAAACUCGACACGGAAAACGGAGUCUGCACGCUGAACGACACUCCGCGGCCCGUGUUUUCCAUAGUGCUCUUGGUCACGUGGUAACCCCUUUCCGGGAUCGGUUUCCUGGCCAGCCGGUUUCUGAAGUCGUCGAUAUCGAAACCACCGCCGCCACCGCGUUGGCCGCCAUCGGUACCCGCGCCGCCUUCAUCCCGUUCAUCGUAGUUUGAUCUCCCGGGUGACGACGACGUGACGAAUCGUCCCUUAUUGUUAGCGGCCGACGACUUUCCUGGCUCGUCCCAGGCAUUAAUUUCCCGACCGAAAUCCACUUUGAACCGGUCGCUGUCGUCUCUGAACGCGGACGGCGCGUCCGUCUUUUUCGACCCUCCGCGAUUAUGCAGUGCCGACUGAUCCCCCGCGUUCAGGUUGCGCACCUGUUGUACGUAACCGUUCGGGUUGUUGAUCACCGACUGGUCGGUGAUGUCGUGCGAUUUUUGUAUCUGCACUUCGGUGGCGUGUCCGACGUUUUGGGCCACGUACGAAUUUCUCAAAGACUGUCCCACGUCCGAGUCUUUAUUCGAAGUCACCGCCACGGCACUGUUGUUGCUGGUUAUCGUCCCGCGCGGUUUACUACUGGCGGCGGCGGUGUCCGUGGCGUCGCGUUUAUGUCGGUGUCCGUUCACUGUGCACGGGCACUUUUGGGUUUGGUCGCCGUGAGACACGCCGUUGUGGCUGGAACCGUCGCUCUGCAUGUCCGUCUCGGAAAACGACGCGAUCUGAAUGGACGGCUCGAUGGUUAUGUGCGACACGUACUCGACGGUUUCGGGCGUUUGGGACGACGGCGACGGCGAUUCGUUCACUUCGGCCCAGUGGUCGUCGUGAUGAUGAGAGUUAUGAUGUUGGUACGAACCCUGAUAAAUGUGAUCGUGGUGAUCGUUGUCGUUGUCGUCGUCGUCGUGGUGGUGGUGGUGGUUGUGGUGAUCGUCGUGGUGAUGGCUUUCGACAUCGUUGUGCGUGUCUUCGUCCGCGUUCUUCGGGUAUUCCUCCUUAUUGUUGUAAUCGGGCGACUUGUAGUUGACGUGCUUGUAGUGCACGUGCUUGUAGUCGACGUGCCUGUAAUCGACGGGGUUGUAUUCGACGUGAUUGUAAUCGUCGGGCUCGUAAUCGACAACGGGCUUGUAAUCGGCGACGGGCUUAUUGUAAUCGACGGGUUUGUGUUUGGGAGGAUUGUAUUCCAUGGUCUUGAAAUCCGGCGCCUUGUAAUCGGUAUUGUAAUCGACGUGUUUAUAGUUGGCCGGAUUGUAAUCUACGGGUUUAAAACCGGACAGACUGGCGGUCGACGGCUUGAAACUCGAGUAUUUGUAAUUAUUGAUCAAGUGGUUGUGCUUUCGGGGCAGUUUGGCACCGUAAACGUAUUUCGAAUGUUUCUUAGCGUCGGGCCAAUAAUAGUCUGAAUAAUUUUUCGUUUUCACGGGCGGCGGAAGCGGGUGUAAGGCCCACGGCAUCGAUUUGUCCACCUCGAGUUUUAUCGCUUUGGCCGUCGGCAUGGGCGGCGGAAGUGGAUGUAACGUCCACGGCAGAUCGUUCUUCAACAGCGUCAGCGACGAGUCUUCCGUUUUUAUUGAAAAUUUUUUCGGGUAUCUCAGUUUCACUUUCGGUUCGGCCACUUGGCGGGCGCGCAACUUGGACAAUUUUAACUUUUGCAUCGGAACAUACCUGUUGAACAAAAAAAAAAAAUACCAAAAGCGUCAGUCUAUAUCGUAUGUAUCUAAAAAAAUGCAGUAAAAAUAUCCCGAAAACGCCUUAAUAAAAAAGUAGAAUUAAAAACGAUUGUUCUCCUAUUUAAAUCGGCCAAUAUUGUUUUCUCUUAAAUCGUGAUUAGAAACAAUAGUGUCGUGUACGUGACAUCUGACAGUAUAAGGUAUUACCUAUAUUUUAAAUAGAAAUUGGUUCGUAACAGACCAACGAUGGUUUAGUUUUUCCGUCAUUUAAAAUUAUCGGUAAUAAAAUGAUAUUUAACCGAUUAAAAGGUGCAAAAACAAAAAAAAAAAAUAAAAAAAAUAAAAAACGAUUUGAUUCUGCUGUGUGUCAUAGUGACGCGGUAUAAACGGACAGAAACGUGACAAAAUCGUCCGACAAACGACGAAAGUAGUAAAACAUUAUAAUACUCGGGGAGUCGUAAAACCGUUUAAAUUAUUUAAUUUUGAACAACAGUUACUUUUAGAAGAAAGAAGGAAGGGGUAUAAGAAAACUAAGAGAUCUAUACAGCACGCAGGAAAUAACCAGACAUCAUAGUGGAAGAAAUAAAAUAAAAAAGGACGGAAGACCAUUCCUCGUUCCACUCAGAACUUAAAAUAACAAACUACAAUAGGCAAGCCACAUACGGAGACAACAGAGCCAACAAGUAAGGAUAUUGUAGGAGGAUCCUAGUGGAAAAACAACUUUUGAAAACUGUGUUAAGACUUAUUUAAAAAAUAUUAUGUGUUUUGAAUUUUAUCUCACCUAUAGACGGAUGUUUUAAAACCUAUCUGAAAAUUCUCCAAGGAAGAAAAAGAUAAUAAUAUUUUUAGCCUCCAUGUAUUUAUUCAUAAAAAAAAAAAAGCCGUUCGGCUUUUUAACGGAAAUAACGAAAUUGCAAGGAACUCGGGUGUUAAGGCUCGAGCUUUAGAGAUCUCUAACGAACAGGGCGCAUUGACAAUCCAGAAAUAAAACGAUAGCCGACCAGGGCCCGACGUCUUGAUGACAACGAUUCAAGCACUUCGUUUAUAGGGUGCGAUAACCGCGGGGUCGUUGAACGAUAUUUAAAACUGUACUCUUCUUCAUAAUUCAGGAAUCGGCCAUGUUCACCAUAUUCAACUCUUUGUAUUAUAGUAGUGUAUACGGUGACCGGACGACCGCGAGCGCUAGAGCAUAAGUAAAUAAUGAAAUAUAUGCCAGUUUUUGUCGUUCGUUUGGAAAACGUCGAGGAAAACCGAAAUCGACCGCCUGGGUCCAUUUACUAGAUCGAAAAUUAUUCCACGAGAAAGUUCCCGUAAAGUUUUUCAAUUGAAGGUUAUUUUAUAAAAAAAAAAACACACACACACACACACAUACAUCAUAGAAAUACCGUAAUGUAUUCGCUCAGAAUUUUCAAACAUUAUGUCGAUGUGAUAUUUGUCGACUACAGAAUUGAUUCAAUAGAUAAACUGUAGCGGCGGUGGUGUUUAAGCGAAAAUAUUUUUUUUACCGACGAAAGUAAAACGCGACACUUAUUAUUAUAUUAUUUCUACGGCGCGGUAAUACACAACAACAACAACAGCAACAACAACAAUAUACUUUUUGUCGGUAUAAAAUACCUGUAUCCGUGUUUAGUACACAGAAAUUAUCUAUGACGAAUGAUAAAUUAAAAAAAAAAUGAUAAUAAUAAUGUAUAAAAAUUCAGUAUGCUACGCGUUCUGCCACGUCUUCUCCGCAUUAUUUUAGCGGUAUUAUUAUCUAAAUAAAAAAAAAAAAGUGCUUUUACAAUACACCUAAACAUAAUCGAUGGAAUGUUUUUUUUUUUCUAUAAUAUUAUGUGGAUGGCGUUUGUUUUGCGGUGCCGAGUAUAAUAUAUAAUGGAAAAAAAAAAUAAAAAUCUCGAGGUAAUUUUUAUUUUUUCACAAAUUUACCGAAGUUUCUCGGCGGAAUUAUUUUCGUUUUCCGUUCAACGGUAUUAUAUAGCAGAGCUGUUAACGACGAACUCUCUGUUUUAGAGCAUAGGACGUACCCGGAACAUAAUAACCUACGAGGUCGCGUGCCCGAAGAUCCCACCGGCGCUACCACGUUUCUGGUUAUAACCGUUUCUGUGGCAUACGUUUUUUUAUUUAUCGAAAUGAAUAUACCUGAUGAGAAAAAAAUACGUGUUUAAUUCGAAUAUUAUAAUAUAAUGUAAAUCAAAGACGACACAACAAUAUUUUAUAAACACAUUAUAUUAUUAUUAUAAUUAGAGGUCGGAUUUAUAAUCUCUUAUGAUCCGCGAAAAGGCACUUAAAAACGUCGAAAAAGUACUUAAAAAUGAUAUAUGGGUUUAAAAGUCCCCCUCUAGAGGCUUUGAUUAAAUUCAAUUUCCUAAUACUACAAAAAAUAAUUGAUUCGAAAUAAUUUCUUUUAAAUAAAAUCGCACCUCCGUAUUAUAUAUAUAUAAAAAAAAAAAAAUUACUAUUUAUUCAGUUUUGUAGUGUUGGAAAAUUGUAUUUAGAAAUUUAGAUCAAUUACAGGGGGACUUUAAAUUUCUCUAUUAUUUUUAAAUGCUUUUUUCAAGGUUUUUUGACGUUUUAAUUUACUUUUUUGUUGGUUUUUAGGAACAUAUAAAUCCGGUAUCUAAUUACAAUAUUAAGUCAUAAAUUAUAAUGGUUAAAAUACGAGUAAAUAAAUAUACGUAAUUGUUAAUUAGUAAAAUAAUAAUAUUAUAAAUCCCUUUCAAAUCAUUUCUAUAUUAAUUUCUAAAAUGUGAUUAUUUUUUCAACUUUUUUCUAAUUUGAAUAACUUGUUUGGUCUCUAUUGCUUCAUGAAAUACCUAUAGUUGUAUUGUUAAUAUUUUCUUAGUAUGUUAUUAUGUUUUAAUAAUGUUAUAUGUUUUUAUAAUAAUAACAAUCACUAAAUAAAUUGGGUUUUAAGUUUACACUUGCGACACUAACUUCCUUGGAGUAAUAUCAAGUUUGGAUGUAUUUUCAUGUUUCAAAGUUGCUAUAUCUGGAUCUAGUUUUGUUGGCCGUUUUAUUUUUUUCGUAUACUGUUAUUUUAGCAUGCUAUUUUACUAACACUACUAAAGUUUUAGAAGUUUUCCGUAAAACCAUUAAACCUUUAAAAAAUUUUAAAGGAGAAAAAAAAUAUACACCUCUAUAUGUGUGUUACACUGGAAUUGUUCGUAAAUUAGUUUUCCAACGACUAUAAUUUUAGGAAGUUUUAUCGAUUUCCCGUAAGAUAUUGACAUCUUCGGAGCAUUAUCUGGUUUGGACGUGGCGGAUUUUUUAUACUUUUUUGUUGACGUUAGUGUUGCUGUAGGUCGCUGUGGUUACAAUAUUGUCACUAAUCAUUUUUCGAUAAAAGUUAUUCCACUAUUAACAAGAGAGUGGCAGAGACGAUUUAUAUUUGACGAAUUUGAACGUGGAUAAACGAGUAAAAACAAAUCGGGAUCGUAAUUUUUUGGUUCCAAGACGAAACAUUUCUCGGGGUCGGUGAGCAGAAUGAUUUAGGAUCGAAAUGGCUGCGUCCGAGUUGGAUCCCAGACGGUAAUAUUUUUGAUAGGUUGGAUCGUUACUAUUUGGGUCCCAAUGCAUUUCAGGUACUCUACUAAAGUUCGGUCUGGACGUUCGAAAGCAAUACAAAAAAUUGUCCUUCCCAUUUUUACAGACUUAGGACUUAUGAUUUAUUUCACCAGUAAUUUUUCUGUCAUUUUAUCCUUUGUAAAAUACAAUCCCUUCGGGUUUUCCCCCCGAUUUUUCAUAUUAAUGUAAAUACCUAUUUCUUUACUUUAUAAAACUUCUAUAAAUUGAAUAUAGGUAGUAGGAUGAAUAAUGCGUUUUCUGAACAUUCAAAAUGUUAUAAUUAUUUUGAAUAUUACGGUAAUAGCUGAUUGCAUGCGGAAACCCGGGACCCAUCUAGUGCACUAUCCUUCUAAAACCAACACGGAUGGAAUCUCUCGGUUUUUUGUGUUUUUCCGCGAUGGAAAUGACCAAAAGAAAAAUCUCGGAAUGUUAUAAUUUCGUUCGAUCGUUUUCAACAAUAAUAACAAUCCUGCAGAAGAUUAUCCGCGUUCGCAAACGAUUUCGUUUUCAUCGCAUUCCUAAUGUUCUGUAUACAAUGAACUGUUGUCCGGCACUCGCGGUUUCAAUCUCCUCUCGAUCCGUCAUAGGUUAUUGUUAUUAUUACUGUUGUAAACUAAUUUUUUUUUUUCGAAAUCUCAUAUCUUCCAACAACAAUAUCGCGUAAUUAAUUUUACGGUUCCAUUUCGUUUCGCGGUGGACUGCGGACUUAUAAUAAUAAUACACGGAUUAUAAUAUAGACGCGUUUGAAUUAUUAUUUGAAUCGGGAAUUUCACCGUUUUUUUUUUUUUUUACGAUUCGUUGAUCUUUCCGUUCGGGUGCCGUGUACAACAAUACGGAACACAAAUUGAUAAAAAACGAGUGUAAAUUAACAACGUCUUAAUAUUAACCGAUUGAUUGUGAUUUCAAUCUGGUUUUUAGACUGUAUAAAUUGUUUCGAAAUACCGCGGAGACGAUCGCACGGACUAUUGAUGAAACCGAUUAGGUAUUGCGGCCGAAUUCGCUAGAUUUUCGAAUAACAAUUCUUAAGCCGCGUGUCUCCAUCAAAACCACUGGUUCUAAACGGCCGAUUACUAUUGUACGGACAUUUAUUUCGAUCGAACCUAACGAUCGAAAUCGUCGAAAUGAUGAAUACAAUUAUCGUACGAAUCAUUAGAAAUUCACGAUUAUUGUCCGUGGCGGUGGUGAAAAUCAACUAAUAAAAACCUACUAUACUAUAAUAACGUCGGGCAGUGACUUAUUUACGGGGUCGGAUCUGGGGAUGGAUCCACUCUAGUAGCUAUUACUCAAUCCCCUGAUUGCGGCCCAAAGUGACCUUUUUUCCUUUUUCAUAUCUCGAUUGCGGCCCGUGCAAAUUAAGUAGAAAAUACCGUUUUCAGUGGUUAUAAAACUAAACACGUAUCCCAGUUACGUUCAAAGUAUUUUUAUAUAAAAUAUAUAAUACAGUACAUUUACAAAAUACAGAAGAAAUUUAAAUAAUAUUAAAGUAUUAAUAUAAAUUAUUAAAAAAAAAACUAAAUAAUCGAAUUAUUUAGUUCAAUAACUAAAAGCAAUAUUAUCUUUAUUUACUAAAUAAUAUAAAAUUGUUACCGUAGUCGUAAAUUGUAUACUAUAUUUAUAUAUUGUAGAAAAUGCAACGGGGCGGAACUUGUGUGACUAAUAAAUUACACGGGACGGAAUUAGUAUACUUAUUUUAAAAACCGGUUACGGAAUUAGUAUAUCCUUAAAUUUAAAUUUUACAUUUGGGACGGAAUUCGGAUGCAGCCAUAAAAACUUCCGCGGUUCUAUAAUCGUGACGAGAGUGGUGAUAAUAUUAUGAUUUUAAAAUGUAUAGUUAGAUCCUUAAAAGUUAAAACUAUUGUUCAUUUGAAAACAAAAUUGUUUUAUCAAAAGCGAGGUGGGUGUAUAAAUGUGUAAUACAUACGCUGAGGGAGAGGGGAUCUUAUUCCCUCACGGGUAUGCGAGUGAAAUUGUUUUGUAUCCACUUCAUAGAAAUAAAUGCUAAACAUGCCACUGACGCGUGAAAAGGUUUUGAAACGCAGAUAUGUGGUAAAAUUUAAAUCUAGAUAAAAAUCAAAAAUCAUUUAAAUAUACACAUAAAGUUAACAAAAUUUUAAACUAUCUCAGACAAGUGAAAUUUAUAUAGACAAAAACAGAUACAAUUUUUUUUUUUUUUAUGACUAUUGUCGAGCAUAUUACAUUAGAGAGAGAUACACAUUUAAACGGUUAAACAGCUAACUGAAAUUAUACUAUUGAAUUUUAUAUUUUAUACUAUGGCUAAUAUACUAUAUCGAUUUUUCUUUCUUUUACCUAGGUGCAUUAUACUGAGAUAAUCACUGAAAAGAUUAUUAUUUUUUUUUUUAUAGUUUUCAAAUUGAUAUCAUAGACAUUUUUAUCUAGAUCUAGAAUAUGUAAUAAAUACAUAUUAUCCAAAUAGAUUUAUUUGUAAAUAAGUCUCAACACUAUUUACAACGCACGUGGCAGCGCGAGUUUGAUCGUAUUCAUUUUCUCGGUUGACUUGUUGCAAUAAGCGACGAAUUCAACUGUCGACGUUUUGAAUAUUUUUGCAAAUAAUAAAUUAGAGUUGGCUGUAAAAUUACAGUGUAUUGAAUUAUACUUAAAGUUCAAUCUCUACAAGCAGACCGUGGUGAUGCCGAGAUAGAAACGCCGAUUUAAAUGAUUUAAAUAUUAUGUGAUCGAGUACGGAAAAGUACGUUUCUUUUUUUGCGGCUGGAGGUUUAGGUUAGGUUGCCAACUUUUUCAUUAGCGGCGUUCAAGACUCGAAAAUCGCCGAAACAAGCGGUGCCCCUAGUUAAAAGUAAUUCGCAAAGAAGUAAACUUAGAAAAUGUUAAAAUAUCCCCCCGCAAAGUUUUUCCCACGGUAUUAUUAUAAAUAAUCGAUAAAACAAUAUGGCAUUUUCUAAUUUCAUUCGCUAUCGUCGUAUAGCACGAAACAAAUUUCCGCAGUCCGAAAGACAUAAACCAAAAAAACUUUACAAAAACCCGAACACUACUCUUCAGAGAAACACGUAUUGUUAUUAAGACUCUAGGAUAGUAGUUGUCCGAGUCACAAAAGCCAAUUGCUAAAUCGAGUAUUAAAUUCCGCCCUAACAGGCCCUAAGCAUCCACAUUGUUCAUAUUUGUCAAGGAAAAUAUAUUUUCAUUUAUUAUAACGAAAUUAAAAACAAAAAAUUACUACGUGUAUUGACGAAAUUUCGUAAAAAUAAUGAAAUAAAAAAAAAAAACAAAACAAAAUUUUUCCGGUAUCAUUUUAUUUAUUUAUCUUAACGAUCAAAUCUUUGAAAUAAAUCCUAUACAUUAUCUUAGUUUAUUGUGAGAACUGUUUGGUGAGCACACCCUAAAACCAAAGUCUACCUCCGCCACUGCAUGUGCCCAUGGACCGUCUUGUAAAAUUGACUAGUACAGUUCACUAUAGUAACGAAUUCGCAUAAAUUCUCUGCUCGGUUAAUGGAACAACAGUACGGUCGAAAACCCGCACUUUGAUGAUCAUUUUAUAAUUAAGCGAUUCAAUAAAAUAGGCAAUAUAAAGCAAAAGAAAAUACGAUGAAAUAGAUCGAGACAGCCGUUUGCUCUUGAGUGAACUUGCAGAAUAUGAUGUCACGAAUUGCGUGAGAACGAUUCUGUCAACGAUUACUCGACUCACUUGCCAAAUAGACACUAGAUAAAAUUAGUGAUAUCAGCGAUUUUACUGACACCAGUGGCAUCUACAUCGAUUUAGUAAAUAUAAACGAGCGCGAGUAUACAGCACGUCCAACUCGGACUAGAGAAUUGAACCGAAUAUAGAAUUUAUUUAGCAGUAUUGUCCUGCAGCGUAAAAAACGGUAUUGCACUAGGAUGGUGCUCGGCCGAGUUACUAAAGCAAGUUUAAUAAUAAUUUAGUAGAGCGUUCGUGUUCACGCGUAGAAGAGGAAACGUGAGCCAGUGAAUUAGUAGAGUUAAUUAGUGAACUAUAUUAACCUAUUAAAUCUUUAUAGAUUAUUCUUUAGUUAGAAAAACUUUUAUAUUUAUUUUUUUUAUUUUAAAACUGUUGUAAUAAAACUAUUGUAAAAAUGGCCAAAAAAAAAAAAAAAAAAAUGAAUGUCGAUUAAACAAUGCUUAAGAUUUGAUCCGAAGAAAAAUUUAACUGUUGUAAACAGUUUGAGUUUAAGUUUAAAACAUGAUAAAAUAUAAUUUAAUAACAUUAUAACUCCAAAUAAAAAUCACGAGUGAUAACUCGUGAUUUUUCUCUAAAGAUAGUUUUGUCUACACUACAGGCGACUCAAAGGCGAGUCCGGCUACCCGGCCUAGUAAAAAGAAUUAGUUUUUAUUUAUUCGAUUAAAUCCAUAGCGUCCACACGAUUCAAGUUAAAACGCUUUGACGGCUCGGUUUAGUUACUCGACCGAGUACUACCACAUUAAUAAUACGUAAUCCUACAUCAAACCCGGCAUUCGGUAAAGUCGGUAUGUCAGGUUUUCCCGGACAAGUUUGCGGAAAAAAAAAGUUACUUGUAGACUUUAUGAGGGGCGGGCAUGUGCGUUAUGUGGGCGAUCACGGUGGACGGCUCGGGCACCGGGUCCAUGUGAUAGUACACGGCGUUCAUGAGUCCCUCGACGAAAUCCGACACGGUCCUCUUGUGCCGGACGUGCAGCGCGUGGCCGCCGGCUUGUGUCUGGUGGCCGGCGGCGGCGGCGGAGGUGGCGGCCACGCACGCGGACGCGGUCAACAGCGAAAACACCAGCAGCGCGGCGACGGGUCGCCCGCGACCGCACGCGGCCGUCGACGCGACGCGGUCGGCCAUAUUAUCAUUUGGACGCGACGACGCGAGUUUCAUAUAAAGACCGAGAAAACUCGGGGCGCGGCCGUGUACAGCGCGUCGUUAUUCGGUAUGCGCGCGUUACACGGUAUUUUACGGUAUUCUACGGUAUUUGUCCGAACGCGAACGAUGGCGGUGAAACAAACGAUAUCGCCGUCGUAGUCGUUGCCGCGAUAUCCUUCUCCGGGCGGACGGGCACUGCGUACUGAACGGCAUGUCGACGGAUCGCGUGGACGACGGCGGCGAUACGAUAUGUUGUAUUAUUGUUACGGUGCGGGAGAUUUCCCGGGCGUUCCGCGAGACACGCGGCCGGUUCCUCGUCCGGGGUGGGGAUCCGGACACUUUUCCAGUGGUGAAAAUUCGUAGGCGAUGGCGGCGGCGUGUUGUUACGAAAGCGGCGACGGCCGUGUUAUUGUUGUCGCGUAUCCGGUAAAUGAGAGGGGGGGGCAAGCGAGGGGAAAACCGUAAAAACAGUACUCGGCCGUUGUCGCUGUCCGUCGAAACCGCAGGGGUUAAACGGGUAGGAGAAACCGGAGAUUACGCGUAAUAAAAUAUUAUAAUAUCGCACUUCUGCGUCGUUGCAGGCCCCGGUGACGUCGAUAUCCGGCGGUCGGAGGGCACCGGACGUACUGACCUGUUUGUAAAUAAUAUGCCUGGCCGCGCGCGUCUUACCGCGACGUGUAAUUCUUAUUAUUAUUUUUUCCCAGUCCGUCGACAACUUUUCUACCAGAAAUCUCGAGAUACGCGAAACUGGCGUCGCAACUAACUUGAAAAAAAAAUGCCUGCCGAGAAGUUAUCGACUUUUCGGUGCCGAGUUCACGACCAACAGCGCACUUGGCUGUCGAGUGAAAAAAAAAAAAAAGUAUACUAAGAUGGGGACGGGUGCAGCCGCAUUGGCGCACAUUCAGUCUAAAACUCGGGAGCGCUAAAAAUAUUUACGACAGGGUAUCACGGGGAGGGGGGCUUUGCCCUUCAAACCCCCAACCUAUUCCACAUUUCGAAAUAAAAUUAUAUAUUGUUACUUACAUAUUUAACAAACAAAAUUGAAAUAAUGAGAUCCCAUUUUCAGUAAUGAAUCUUAUAAAUAUAAAACCUAAUAUAUAACCAACAAGGAUAGGUAGUUCCUUAAAAAUAUGAAAACAAUUAACAUAAACUUACAUAAUAAUAUAAUAUAAAUACUGUACAAUAUUAAUUAUUAAUAUAUUAAACAUAAUAUAAAUCAAUACACAAUAGUGUGAUAGUAAUUACUUAUCUGAUAUUUGUGCACUAUUUGAGUAGUAUGUUUGUUUUAUCUAGCUCAAAAUCUGGGGGUGUUAAGCGCCCCCUGGCACCCCUGUAUGUGCGCCAAUGUACAGCCACUGUUAUAGGCGAGAAGUCUGGAAGGCAGUAGAGGGAAAAUUUAAUGUAUAUCUCUAUACGCAACGAUUAACCGUUGCUAACGAAAAAUGAUUCUGAGCAGAGUUUGGUUGAUAGUGAUGCUUUGUCAACAAUAUAUUUAUGUCAUAUUAUGAUAAAAUAAUUAUACAUGCAUUAUAAUAUUCCAUUAAUUUUUUAAUUAUUUUCCUGGUUUUUCCGUGUUUUUCACAUUAAUUGGAAAAACUGGAAAAAUCAAAAAAUGACCUCCUUAAAGUACUAGCCCAGUCAGAUUUCUUUUCAGAAAAAGUGCUACAAUUGUACACGGUACAAGAUUUUCUGUAGAAAAAUUGUUCACAGAUAAAAAAAAAUAAACAUCAUCUUGGAGGAUAAGAUUUCGGGAGGUGUGUUUCAUUCAAACGCUAAUACGAAAUAUUGCAGCCUGACGAACUUGGAACGAAAUCGGGUGGCGUUAAAAUACACAUUUUGAGUCAGUUUUCAACACUUUAACCCAAUAUGCACGGUAAAAUUUUCUUUAAUGGGAAUCCUAUUUUCAACACUGUGGAUUCGAAUGGUCCAAUUUUUUUCUGCUUAAACUUUGAUCAAUACAAUUACCAUCGAUCUCGAAAAUCACUCGAGACACUAAAAAUAAUAUUGUUUAUAAUACAAAAAUCCUAUAUUCCCUUCGAAAUAUUGUUUUUUAUACAAUUCAUUAUAGGAACCUUUACUCUAAAUCAAAAUUAAGCUGGUUUUACUUAUUCCGCAUAAGCAUUGUUUUUACAUGUUACCCGGUAGUUGGACUGACAGUAUAGAUGCGGGUAUAACGUCCUUUUAAGACCGUUCACUCGUCCUUAGAGCAUUUUGUCAAAAACGAAUUGUGCCUCGGCAAUGUGAUCGAACGUUUUCUGUUCUUUCAUACUUUUCAUUGCUGUCCGACUAACCCUCUUUAUUUUUCUCCGAAUCCGCAUUUUCAUUUCCUGUAACUUUUUAUCAUCUUAUAAAUGACGCGCCACAUGUUUCGCAACUAUAUAAUAUACUUUAACUAUCUACAGUACCUACUUAAUUUUUUUUUAUCUUUAUACCCGGUUUUUUUAUUCGCAAGUAAUUAUCUUUAUUGUAUUAUUACUGAUCUUUUUCGGCCAUGGCUAUUCACUGUCUAAUUUCUAAUGGACAUCUUCCAUCACCAUAUAUUACGUAAACGGUAAUAAUAAUACGAUACCGUUAGAUUUUCAAAAUUAUUUCGUACAAUAUUUGUAAUUGUGAUUUGUCGAUGGACUUGUAUUAGUUAGGGUGGGAGGGAAAUAAUAUUUUACUAAAAAGUAAAAACUCAAUUAUUAUAACUAUCCAUCAAUAUUAUUAACUGUGGUCUGUGGACCAUAUAGAGAAUUAUUAAUUUACGAUAUAGACGGUUAACUAUUUUGUAUACAUUCAUAAACUGGAACGAAGCGAGAAAAUUUUGUUUGUAUAUUACAGGUAUUAAAUAAUAUAUUUAUUGAGAAGGUCGUAUACCCUUAAAUUAAUUUACCGAUAUGGCCGUUUAAGGGAGAAGAGGCAGUUGAGUGGUGGAUUCCUCCUCUUUCCUCCUUCGGUCUAUGGCUAUUUUGUAAUUUUAUUUUCCAUUUUACUUAUGUGAAAUAAGUGCACGUGCAUGUAUACUACGAUGAGAAUUUCAUUUUGUUUUAGAUUCUUCUUCUUGGGUACAAUGAAGAAGCUAGGUUGUAUUAUUAUACUAAAAUUUGUUUUUUUUCUCUCCGAAACACUGUUUAUGGUUAGUAAAAAUGCUUCGAUUUUUGCACACUAUACCCUGUAAGAUGAGGAUUUUUCGCCCGGUAGCAUAGAUUUCCAAUACUGUUUUUCUAAAAUAAUGAAAACAACCGACAGUAAAAUAUCUCGAUACGUCAAAGAUACUUUUUGGUUUUUUGAUUGGCCGCAAAAUUAAUAAGAAACACAGCUAAAAUCUUACUGGUUCACCGAGUUUCGCUCAGAAUCGUGUAUAAACUAUCCUUUCAGUGUAUAAACUAAACAGAUUACCACACUUCCUACGAUGGGGAUAAGUUGAUUACGUUUUAAAUUGUCUAUAGGUACCUUUAUAACAGCGACCUAUGGUAUGUCCGGCUUUUUUUUUAAAUGUUUACGGUGUUUAUAUCUUUUGAACUGAUAAUAAUUAUAUUAUUGAACGAAUAUUUCGAACAAUGUUUUACCUUUUUUACGUUGGUCUAUUUGCCCGUAAGAAAUUCUUCGCAACAUUUCCUGUCCCGGUGUAUAGGUAUAUGUCUACUCGUAUUUAUUAUAAUGCGUCUAAUAUAUUUUAUUAUAACGUCGUGUUAUCGUUGUCAUCGCUAUCGACUUUUGUGUUCGACUACAAAAAAAAGUGAAACUCACCGUGAUAAAAAAAAAAAAAAAAAAAUAACCGGGUCUUAACAAUUUCAUAAUUAUUAUUAUUUCUUUUAAAUCGCACCGUCACUAUGACGAGGAAGAACCGCACCCUCCGUCUACACGAAUUUAGGUCAAUUAUAUACACAUGUUUUUGAAGAUUUAUAGUUAUUGUUGGAAAAAAAUGAAAAAAAAAAAGAUUAAAAACAAACUAAAAGGUAAAAAGUAUAUAUGAUAAUAAUAAUGGAAAGUGUUAAUACAAAUAAUACUAACAUAACUAAAUACAUUUUUAUAAGCUUAGGUCUUUUUUUACGUGUAUCGACAGAAUUAUCCGGAGCACCUCUUAUACAUUCAUUUGUGGUAACCACUCCUCGUGAUUGUGUUAGUGCUCCAACAACACGUAUGAUCUAACUGUGGGUUAUUUUAGGCGGAGGAUAGACGAGCAAAAUUCGUAUGGGGCAUUUUUUCAUAUUUUGAGAUUUCUCUCCCUCCUCCAAACCAGGGGCGCCAUUUCAGUUUUAAAAUAGGUUUGUCAAAUUUUUUAUCACGCUACAUUUUUCCACCACUAGACCACAGUUAACAAUGAAAAUUGAAAUGUAAUAAUAUUGGGGCUAUUUCUGAUUUUAAUAGGGAUGAAAAAUAAAUCUGCAAAAAGCUUGUAAUAAUAAAAAAUAGAACCCUAUGCUCCCACUAAAACUUGUACUUCUUUGAAAUUACAACAGUAAUCAGCAAGCUACUUUUUUGUAUUCAAUAUGCCGUUGUGUAAUCUAGAUUGCACUGCCACCUAUAAACCCAAUUCAAACAUUUAACAAUAGCACCUUAACUUAAAAUGACUAAUACCAUACGUUAUUUAACUAAUCGUAAAAAUUGUCCCGCGAAACAAGUAAAACACAUCUUUGUAAAACCAAUAGUUUCUCCGUUAGAAUCACAAGUACCUAAUAGAGCCAAACUAAAAACCGAACCACUCUAUCUUCAAGCCGCCGGUGGUGAUUCCGAAAAAAUUCGUAUUGCGAAUCCGCGAAAUGUUUUUAUUAUACGUUAUUGUCACGUCGAAAUGUUUUAGUAGAAUACGUUUUGAACAGCCGCGUUUACGUGACCGACGAUUCCGAAAGCCCAAGGAAAAUUUAAGAACAAUAAUCAUUUCGAAAUAUUAAAGAAAUCGUUUGGCAAUCGAAAAUACCUAGUCGCAUUACACAUUAAUUAAUGUAGUUUCGAACGAACGAUAGCAGAGUAUAAUCGAUUUUUAUUGUACUUACUGGUUGGGCAGUCACUAUAUACUCGUAUUAUUAUUAUACUCUCGUGUAUCACAUAAUAUUAGUGUCUCUUGUCCGUUCGAUUUCACCGCAAAAAUCAUCGAACUUGUAAUUAUUGUUUUCGCGAAAAAUAUCUCGAUGACGUCUAUAAUAAUACUGCACUCGUUAUAUUGUAUACGGAAAAAUAUAUAAAAUUAUUAUUAUAUAUGCUCGUAAAAUAUACGCGUUGACUUUCUAAUCCGUUUUCAUAGGCAUAUUUAUUCGAUUAAAAUCAUAUAUUAUCGUGUACGUAUAAUAAUAUUAUUAUAUAUCUAAUAACUCUCGCGGUUUUAUUCGAUGAUUACGAAUACGUGUACGUUAGCUGGUGGAUUUUGUCCAACAUAGCAAAAAAAUUUAAAAAAACCCGUCAACAGCAGAGCUCAGUCACUAGAAUUUUUUUUCACCUAUUUUUAUAUUAUAUUUAAAUAUUUUAUAUUAUAGCCGAAUAUGUAUACUGUAUUACGAUGUAUCGGUAUGCUAUUAUAAUACUGUAUUAAAACUUAACUUCUCCCGAGAAAAAAAAUAAGGUGAAACUAGGACAAAAAAAAAAAUGAUGGUUGAAAGUUGAAAUCGCCAAAAGUCACGUCGUUUGAUGUCACUAACGUUGUGUGUUUACAAAAUGCCAUCCUUCAGCUUCAUUUGGGAGGUUUAAAGUAAGGGUAUUCAAAACUAAAAAAACAAACAACGUCCUCGCGCAAAAACACGAUGGUGAAAUUUAUAUUGAAAUUCGAAUACUUCAAUUCGCCUAUAAAAAGCUCUAAGUAAAGAGAAAAAUCCGUAAGUAAAAGAGUAAAGCCAGACAUGCCCAAAAUAAAACGAUACAGUGCAAUUGUCUAGUACUUUUAUAGUAGUAGCCACUGAGUGUACUACUAAAUAGGUAAUUUUGUCGACUUGAGUUGUAUUAUUUUGAAAACGUGCGAUCCAACUUUAAAGUUACUCGAAUUAAUUUAUGUUUUAAAAUUAACUUUAUUUUAGCUUAUAUAGCUUGUUCACGGGUUAGGUUAUGUUAAGGUUAAAAAAAACCUCACUCUAUGGUACAUAGUUACAUAUUAUAAUUUAUGAUAUACUCUAUAUAUUAUUAUGAUAGCCUCCGAGAAUUUUUAGAUCUAGACAAAUUUAGAUAAUAUUCGUGGCGUCCAUUACAGACCAAACUCAAGCUAACCGAAUUCAAUAUCGAAAAUCUCGCACAAACGUGUCGUUACGAUGCACAUUUCAAUCGCUUGUAAUAGCAUGUGGGCAAGGGCGCUCAUAGGGUAAUUUUCAGAUGGAGGACAAAACGAUAAUAGAUUCCGAAACUAUUUCUAGCGUAUAGAUACUAGGUUGGUUUUGAUACUUUGUUAUUUUCUAGGGGUACAUGUCCCCCUAUUGCCCCCCUCCCAAUGGACGCCCAUACACGCAGGCACUAUAGACACUAGACAUUGUAUUUCAGAGGUAUAUAAAUCUGUUGGGUUAGGCGAAAUUACAUAGUUAUCUGGGGGGAGGGAAGGAAAUCCGGAUCCCCUCCCCCUCUCCGUAAAUCCGCCACUGCGUACGCGGACGCAUAAUGUAAUAUAAUAAUAAUAUCGGAUACUCGUUAAUUUCGAACGCUGUAUUAUUAUAAAUCGGCCGAACGAAAACGGACGGUGCGUCGAAAUGGAAAUGGUAUACAUAGUUAUCCGCGGUAUACUACGGUGUAAUAUAUUAUUUUAUCGGUAGGUACCCGUACAAAUCUACUAACGUCCGUGGAAAGGAAAUCAAAAAAAAACCUCGAUGAUGCGGUCGCCGCGUGUUAUCGAACCGUCGCCGGUCGCAGUCGCCGCCGUUUCGGAGUUUAAUUGUCGGCCCACGUAAUUGCGGUACAACGAUAAUAAUAAUAAUAAUACACGCGUCGUAUUUUCGUAAACGUCAAGACUGUCCGUCCGUCGACCGGAAUUAUUUUCGAUUUUGAUACGUUUAAACGGCGGCGAGAAGAAGAAGACGGGGGGGGGAAACUUUCCACCCGAAAAUCGCGUAUUAUCCGGCCGGGGGAUUCCGAGACCCCGGGAACCGCUCUCGCGCGGACGACAAUAAUAUUUUAAAUAUCGACGGUUUUUUUUUCUUUUUUUCUAUUAUAUUGUAACGCGUACGACAUACGACAACAACGGUACCGGCAAUAAUAAUAAUAAUAAUAAUAAUAAUAAUAAUAAUAAAAAUAACGACAAUAAUAAACGGUCCGUUAUUGUUACGCGACGGCCGAUACGCCGCACGAGCGCGUCAUGACGUCUAUAUAAUACAUUUCGGACGACGGAUCCGUCAAAGACGCGGCGAUUUCCUCGCGGAUCCGGCGACUGUAAACGCCGUCGUGCGCGGAGGAUUUCUUCGAUGAUCCGACGGAUUGUACACAUCCGCUAAUAAAUCAUAAAAACAGCAACAACGAUAACAGCGAUAAUAGGACGUACUCGCGUUGUUAGUUUAUUACCGUAGUCGCGUUUCCGAUUUCUAUUCCGUUGCGAUUUUUCGCGUUUUUCCCCUACAUAACCACGCGCCUGCCGCCAGGUGGUCUGAAAAGUGAUUUUUGCCGAAAUUAAUAUCAUCUUUUAUUUAUUAGAUAUUACUACUAAAAACAUCAUAAUAUAUGUAUUAAAGGGCGACAAAUCCAAAUUUGACAUAAAUUUAUAAGUUUUGAAUAUAUUAACUACUUACCUUCACUUAAAUGAUCCAUUGUGUAACAGUCUAACAAAUAACGCGAGUGGCGACAAAUUUCAGAUAAUAUUUUAUGAACUUUUUACUCAUAAUCAAACGUCAAAUGUAUUAGUGACCGUUAUUAUCUACAGACAGGAUACUUAUCGUCUUGUAUAGGUUGUCCAUUUGUCCCCAAUAUAUAUAUAUAUAUACAAACUCCAAUUAUAAUUUUGUUGUCAUCAAAAAUUGAAUUUCGGUAAGCUAAAAUCAAUUUUCAGACCACUGUUGCCACCCGCGUUUUUCCUAUUGACGGGCCAUAAUAUCGACGGUGUUUUGGUAGAAACGCGCGCAAUGGCGCCUAAACCAAUACAGUCAAGGGUAGUGGUCACCAUCCUUCUUUUAAUGGGUAAGUAGCAGUGGAUUCAUAAUGGGUACCUGAGCCAUUUUUUUUUUUUUUUAUUGAAUUGGUCCAUAUGGAAUAUAAAUUGUGUAUGGAGGUUUCUUUUGUAAACGAGGAUGGUGGAACGAAUGGUCUGCGCCAUUGAAAAAUCGAAAAAUACAUAUUUGGUAUCGAAAAUAAUCAGAACAAUUAUGAGCAUACAUUGGUAAAAGGUCGUAUUUAAAUGUUGAAAAUUAGGUUGGUGAUGCUGACUAAAAGAUAGCCCUUUUAAAAUAUAACUAAAUUAACGCUGAUUUGUUAAAAGGGCGUAUACCAUAUUCAAUGCAUGCAUACUUUGUGUACAAGGUAUUAUGUGUACGAGAAAUUGUACUGUUUUCCGUGAAAAACUGUUUUGCUGUUUUUUUUGUUCCCUGAAAAAAAAUGAAAGUCGAUAGAUACUCUUAAUAAAACACCGUCGAUAUGUAAACUCCUAUACGCGAACGACCGUUGAAUUUAAAUGAUAGUGUAAUCUCUUACACGGCCCCUGUUUAAAUGCUAAAAAUAUGACGGUGUAAUCUCCUAUGUAGACCUUAUUUUAAAUUUUCAAGUCCGGGACAAGUAACGCUUAUUGCAUGUCAAAACACACUUGUUAGAUCAGUGGUUCCCGACCGGGGGGGAGGGGAAUUUAGGUACUGCACGAGGGAAUAUAUAGUAAUGAUGAAAUAACGAGAAUUUUGUUGUUUUACAAAUAGUAAAAUUGAAAACAAUCAUUUAUUUUUAGCUGUAUAAUGUUUAGUAUAUUAGUUAUUUUUUAAAAUUUAUUUUGUACUACUCACUAAAAAAAAUAGGUCGCCUAAACUUUAAUAGUCCUAAUCUAAUUCAAGGGAGGGGAAGGUGAGAUUUUUGAAAAAUGUAUAACGAGGGGCAUAGAAUAAAAAAAAGUUGAGAAUCUACAUACUACGAGUGGGUAAAAUCGUACAUUUUUUUCAUAAUUUCGGAGAUAAUUAAUAUAGUAAAACCACAAUAUUUUAAAAUAAUAACCAAAAUACAAUCUAGGAGACAUAAUAAUUUAAGGUAUUGCAUCGAAUAUUCUCAAAUGUACCAUCCUAACAUAUUUCACGUUACAAUUUUAUUAAAAUGGUGUGUUACACAAACAAAUACAAAUAAAUGUUAAUAUAAUACGACUGAUUUAAAAUAUUUAUUAAUGUAUCAUAAUUCACAACUUAAAAGACUGAUAUUAUAUAAAAAAAAAACUUAUGUGUCUAACAUUUUAUUUUUCAAAUUUUCUAUUGUACUACCUAACUUACGUAAAAGUUUACACUAUAUCCAUGUAGGAAAUUACAGGUUCCACAGAUCUAAGGAAAACAUUAUUUUGUGUUUUUAUUUACAGUGUAAUCAAUACACGAUAAGACAUCGCUCAUUAUUAAUUAUUAUCUCGGAAAGUAUUUACUUUUUUGGUAUUUUAGAUUCAAAAUGUAGCGAGGAAUGAAUUUGUUUAACAAUGAUGUUUAUUGUAUAUAUCCUUUUUUUUAUUCUGUGAACAAUUUUUCUAUUAGAAAUCUUGUUGAAGAUGUAUCAAGUGUAGAAUUUUUUCUGAAAAGAAAUUUUAUUUAAGUGAUAUUUUAAGGAGGUCAUUUUUUAAUUUUCCAAGCUGUUUUCAAAAUGUUGAAAAAACCGAGAAAAAACGUACGAAAAACGGGACAAUUUACGUACUUGUAUAAAAGCAAUUUCACUCCGAAUCAUUUUUUCGUAUGCAGUGGUUUAUCAUUGCGUACAGAUAUAAAUUGAAUUCCCUUCUAUAUCCUAUUUAUCAAUAUUGUCAUCAGUUAUGACUAAAGACGGGAUUUAUAUGUUUUUAUAUAUAGUUACUGAGCUUAUGCAAUCUUAUGAGAGCAAGGAAAGUUGACAGUUCAUUCAAUUCUGAAUUCGUCGGACAUUUUUUUUUUUGUAUAUUUGAUAAUAUUUUAUGAGUUAAGGAAUAUUUAGCUUAAAAAAAUAUUAAUUUUAAUAAUACGGUACUUCGAAAAUAUAUUUUGAACAUUUAUAAUUUUUUUUUUUUUGUUAUUUUGAUAAAAAGGUGUAGUUUUAGUACCACCUACCUAUUAUAAGUUACCGUUCACUAAACUAAUAGUGGCUAAUUUGCAAUAAUGAAAAUUGUUUUCAUAUUGAUAAUAACAUCAAAAUAUUUGAUUUUCAUUAAUCAUGAUCAAUUAUUCAAAUGUCCAAAUAUUUUGUUUUGCACUUUUCCAAUAACAUGUAACGUGAUUUUUAAGUUUUUAAAAAUUAAAGUACUUAUAUUGUUUUAUUUAUAUUAUAUUCUUACUCUUACUGAACUGCACUAUUAUUCUAUUUUACUACACAAGUGGAACUAAGUAUUUAUGAAAUUUUGUAAAAAAAAAUUUCACAUUAAAGUAUAUAUUGAUGUUCAUUGAUUAUUUUUCAAACUUCUAAGAGAAUACAAUGAGAAUAUUUUUAGAUGUUUUAGAGAAUAUAAGCAUCAUAUUUUAAGUGUUUUAAGAGAAUAUAAAAUCCGGUCUUUAGUUAUGACGAUUAAUAAUAAUAUAUGCUAUAUAGAUCUAUAACGCAUAGUAUUUUGGUUAUAACAGUUGUAGGAAGUACAAACAAAUUCUAAAAUAUGUCCAGCUGUUAUAAAUAAACGAUGUACCUACUACACAGUGGGGGUAUCAGAAAAACCAAAAUUCCAAAGGAAACGGGACAGUGUGACGUACGUGUUUUAUAAUAAAGUGAAACAAAUUUAACGUGUCUGCAGGCGAAUUGGUUCUAUUCUACCGAAGAUCCAAUAUUUCAUGCAGACUUUAUGUUAAAACGUAUAAUACAUAAUAUGAAACGUUCUUAAUGCAUCGUUACAUCUCUAAAAUCUGAAUUAUUUGUACAUUUUUUGAUUGACGAACGGACGGUUUAAUGCCGUAUUCAUUAUGUUUAUUAUAUUUUGUUAUAUAAAUUGUUGUUGUGUCCUCUGAUUGGUGAGAACCCGUUUUCGGGAGUCUUGGCGGCUAUUAUAACCGUGCUAUUACCCAUGCCCUCCCCCCAAAAAGAUUUCAGGGCGCGUAUAUUUUCGUCGGCCAAUAGUGAAAACGAAAACACCUGUUUAUAAUGCAUCGUUUAUAUGAUAUUGGAAAGCCGCUGCCGCAGUUCGAUCGAAACACCCGAUUGACGGAAAAUCACAACAACAAUAAUAACUACGACGAGUUCGCCUCGUGGUGUCAACACUUAUAUACGGGCCACGAGCUGCUCGGCACAUUGUAAAGAAUACGUCGUCGUAGAAGUCUGUAAAUUCUGUAGUCGUCUCUCCGGUGCGCAUGACCGGAACAAAAUCACUUCGAUUUAUAGAUAAUAAUAAUAAUAUUAUUAUUAUUAUUAUGGGCGAUGCGAACGACCGACCGGCCGUUGGAAUAAAAAAUAAUAUAGACGGUCCAUAAAAAAAAUAAAGACGUUGACAAAAUACGGCGGUGAAAAAAAAAAAUAUGAAAAAAAUGAAAACUCUCGCGUAUUGUUAUACUCAUUUUAUAAUAUUAUUAUUCGUUUAGGAAUCGCCGGAACGGUGUCGCGAGCUCGAUAAUUAUUGCGAUGCGAACGAUUUCGAGCGACCAAAAAUCAUUGUAAUCUGACCAGAAAUUCGAUCGAAGUCGCGACGUGCGACGGUAAUCACAUCUAAGCUAAGCCUCACAGUGUUCUAGAAUGAUGAUUUAGUAGACCAAAAUACUGAAGUCAUUACAUAUACGUGUAUGUACACAGUGGUGUGCACAGGAAUUCUUAAUGGGAAGGGGUGUAACAAAUAAAAAUCUUGAAUAAAUUUAUUACUAAACCAAUUCGACUAUGGGAAUAGGUAAUUUAAAAGCUGGAUUCUAAAAAAAAGCCAAUUUCUAAUCAAUACAUUAAGCUUUUUCUCGUAACUUGGCUGAAAUUUAAACAUUUCGAUAUUAGAUUACUCAUAUUUUUUUGUAUUUUUAAGGCAAUGGGGGAGAUAUAACCCCUAUUAUCAUCCCCCCUGCACACGCCACUGUAUGUGUUUAUGUAUAUGACUCACAAUUACUAAUGAGAUAAGCAGUAAUUGUUAAUUUCAAAACAAAGAUUUGUGACUGGUUUUUAUGUUUAGAUAAGGGUUAGCACUAUCUGAGUUAUCUGUUUAUACAUGAUCCGACGGCUUAUACAAAAUACUAAUGUUCUAUUCCGCGUAUUUCAUUGCACGACAAUUAUAUGUUUUUUUUUUUUUUUUACAUUAAGAUACUUGAAAAAAUGUAGUGAUUCGAAAUUUGGAUUUUUCUAACACAUUUUAUGUCCUCUAAACAAUCUGUGAUAAUUAUUUUGCACCAAUUUGCAUUAUUAUCAGUUAUCACACAUUAAGAUUACAUGCGAUACGUGAUUGACAGUAAUCGAAAAAAAUGAAUUUAUUUUGUGUGUUGCCAAUUUUAUAAAGUUUUUAAAUAAAAUUCGUCUUAUCUUUAUGGCAAAAUUAAGUUUUCUCAAAGGUUUAUGCGUACAGAAUACUUGUGUGUAUUUGCUUACUUAAAUAAUCUGCUAACAGUGGUGGAUUUAAGGACUAUGUUUUGAUGGCCCCUUCUUCGAACAUUAAAAAAAUUAUUACUGAACAGUAAACCAUUACUAAAUGAAAACGAUUCUGAGAAGAGUAUUAUAAGUCGUAUUUUUUCCAUUGUUACCAAGGUAUGCCGUAAGAAAAUUCCCAUAAAAUUUGUGACAAGAGCAAGAUUUCUUAAACAGAAAAAUUGUUUAUAGAUAAAAAAAUAAACACAUCAUAAUAAAAACAAUGUCUCACUUUGCUCAGAAUCUAAUAUAUCGCCGUGUACGUUGUUGUGUUUACAUAAUAUUACAAUAUGUAGAAUGUCUUUUUAGUUUUUGUUUUUUAAACAAUUUAUCUGCUUUGACUGCAGUAUAAUAUAAAAUAGAGUAUUUAAUUGCACGAUUAUCGUGCAUCGUUUCCUAGACGUGGUGGCGAGAGUAUUGCGAUCGAACGGUUCGUUAAAACCGAUCGUUUUUCUGUUCGAGCACUUCCGUUAAUUAUUUUCGCUCUCGGGGCCGUCAUUAUAUUAUACAGGUAUAAUAAUAUAGGUACUCGGUGUAUAAUGGACAAAGAAAAUAAACAAAAAAAAAAUAAAAUCUAUAAAACAAAUUGUUCUUUCUAUAUAAAAUCAUAGUGAUAGAGGUACUGUGCAGUUUAUACGAUGACGAGCUUCUGGAAGCAUAUUUACGGACCCUAUACAAAUAUGUAUAUAUAUUCUAUAAAAGCCUCAGGUGCGAUUGGCUCUUCGCGAUUGCACGCAAUUUUUAAAUUUGAUUAACUUAUAAUAACGUUUAUUGAAAUUGGCCCAUUAAAAUAAAUUAAUAUUAAUGUACUCUUACACCGCUGAUAAAAAUCAUGACUUAUGGUACGAGUGUAUUGUGAAAAGAAAAACUGUUUUUGUCCGAAAAUUAUUCGAAGAAAUGAAAUGUAUGUUUGGAACACGGAAUGCUAAGUGAAAGUGAAAUCCGGGCAUUAUCAAUAUAAAAACAAAAAUGAUUAGAGGCGUUUGGAAUUAUAGUGCUACAGAACGAUGAUAAGAAAAAGUUGGACCGAGAGAGAACAACAAAAUGAAGAAGUCCUAAAUAAAGUAGAUAGGUAUCGGAAUGAAGGAUCUUGGUAUCUAAGGAAAAGUUCGAUAAAAAGACGAAACUCGUGGAUUGGUCGUAUUUGACUGUAACCCCACUGACGAUGAAGCACGAGGGCCUAUUGUAAUUGAUUACCGAGAGAGGGAAGAACCACACACGGGAAUACAGACUGGAAUAUAUAAAAUGGAUCGCGGACGAUCAAAUAAUAGUCAAUAUUGGAAAGUAAAGGAAACGACAGAAACGGUUGGUGUAAAGGUGCAAAAUGAUCCGAGGAAAGGAAGAUAGAUAGAGAGAGAGAAAGAAACAGGGUAAAAUAGUUAAUUAAAUUUGAAGAUUCCCGAAUGUUAUGUGAUGGUUACUUUCGAGUAUAGCGUACACAUUAUAAGAUCCGUAAAUACGCAGCCCGGAUGUACAUGUUUUAUUAUAAUAUUGUAGGCAUAUUAUGUCCGUCAAUAUAUUAUUAUUGGGUAUUAAUCGCGCGAAAAUGUUGAUAAUAAUAUUUUUCUUUUUUUUUGUUAAAUUUUACUUUACAUAGUCACGCCGCCGAGAAAUAUGUAUUCGUCGUAGGUAUAUAGACGCGCGAUUAUUCGUGCAUAACUAAAAUUAGCGAUUUUCUAUACCACCGCACAACCUUUAUUCGUUGUUUUUUUAAUUUUGUUAUUUUUUUUUGGUUAUAAUAUACUGUAUAUUAUUAUGCGUGUGCAAUGUGUAUCAUAUAAUAUAUUAUAAUAUUAUAAUAGUAGUCGUCGUUUUUACGCGUAUGUUUUAGUUUUAACGAUAAUCGAUUAUAUAGGUAUCCGAAACGGGUAAAAAUAUUAUAAAAAUGUUAUGAUUUUUAUUGUUCUCUUCGAAUUUCCAUAUAAUAUCGUUUCGAAAAGUAAAAAACAAAUCCCCCGUUUUGACGCUCAUAUAAUAUUAUCGUUUCAAAAAUAAAAAUAACCCUAUUAUUGAUGCUGAAAUGAAAAAAAAAAAUGAGCAUACAGUAGUACCUGAUUCAGUGGCGUAUUUAGGAUUUUGUCAAGGACGAAAGUAUCGAAAUUGCAAAUAUUUUAUAGGCUAAAAAAAAUCAAUUUUUUAUUUACAUAUUAGUUUAUUAAUUUAAUCUGCCUUAAAAUUAUCAUUGAAAUCAAAAAACUCUAAGUAUUAUUAAUUAUUAAACGUUUGUUCAAAUAUUAGGUAUACCUACUAACCUACUAAAAUAAAUAGAUGACCUUCAGUCUCUGAAACUCGAUAAAUGUGCCUGAAAUAACAUAGAAAGUUAGAAUGUUAGACUGGCCAUUUGUUUUUGAUGUCAAUAAAGUCAAUACUGAUGUUCUUGUUUCUCAGGUAAACAAACCUAUAACAUUAAGUUGGUGUAUGAACUCAUUUUGCGUAACUUGGAUGAUCAAACUUCAUAAAUUAGAUCGCUAGCGAACAAAAACAGAUUACAAGAAACAAAAACAUUUCUAUAUUGUUCGUUGAUACAGUGGUUGGAUAGGUUUGGUUUCAAAUGAAAAUGUAUAGGAAUGAUUUUAAGUUUUUUUAACAUAUUGACUAGGUACCAACACUUUUUUGAUUUUUCUAACCAAAAAGUAAAGAAAUUUGAAUUUAAAAAAAAAUACAUUAUCUAUUCAAUACCAUUAUUAUGUUAUUAAUAUAAUAUUUACACAUAACAAAAAGCUAUAGCUAUUAAUAAUUUAGUUUAAAUGCCUACUUUCUUCAAUAUUAUAAUUUAAAACAAUUCUUAGUCAAGGAUGUUUUAUAUAUAGCACGAUGGGUCCACCACUGUUGUAGGUGUGAAUUUAGAAAAAUAAAUGAGUAAUUUUAUGUGCCCAAUCUGUACGCUACGAUGAAUCAUUGCUAACGAAAAACGAUUCUGAGCGGAGUUUGGUUAUACAUGUUUUGAAAGGCUGUAAUGUUUAAGAUUUGAAAGUAAUACAUUUCGUACAUUUUCCCGUUUUUUCCAUUUAUUAUGAAAACCCAUGAGAAAAUCAAAAAAAUACCUCCUUUCAGAAAAGGCGCUACACUUGAAAAUCGGAGCAAAAUUUCUGGUAGAAAAACUGUUCAUAUAAAAAAGAAACAUCAUUGUAAAACCAAUAAAUUCCGCGCUCCACUCAAAAUCUAAAAUUAGCAAUCGUAAUGUCCUCUUAAUUACACCUCCUAAAUACACCACUGAUUUGUAUAUCGGGACAAUGUAUAGUAACGACAUUUUAAAAUACAGUCUUGAAGUGAGUUUGUUAAGCUGUUGGAGGGUUUAGCGGGAAAUUGUAACAAAGGCCCGGAUUCAGUUGUGCACUGUAAAAAAUAUUAAAGCUAGAGUAAUAAUAGCAAGACUAAACCACGGCUGUAGACGGAAUGGUUAUAUAACGGUGUAUCUUGCGGUAGUUCGCGACCAAAAAAAUUCUUGUCAAAUUUAAAACAAAUUAUAUUAUGCCUGGUAGCGCUUUCAGUGGAAUAUUGGACUAACUAGACGAUUAUGAUACACAAUAAUUGGUAAAGAUGAUUGGCGGGAAUUUAAACUACAUCACGCCACCAUCCACAAGGCAGGGAGUUUUCCGUGGUUUUUCCAUAAUUUUGAUAAGAAUCUCUGUCAUUCCUUGUAACUCGUUGUGUAACCAUUCUAUACCGUGUAACCGUGGACUAUACACUAACAGUGUUUUUACACUAUUAUUACAUUUGGUCUGGAUGACUCGGUAGAGCAGUAAAGAACGCGGAUGUAAAAUGCGUAGAGCUAAUCACUAGAUAUUUGUAGUCGAUAUUUCCCUCGAGAAAUCGAGUGAGCGUUUUAACGAUAUCAUCGAAACCCGACGGAUACAUUUUAGUUGUUAUAUUUUUUCAAUUCGCUAUCCGUUUGACACUGAAGAUAAUAUAAUUUUCUGUCAACUCCCGUAGCGCACUCAUUUCCAACGCUUAUGCAUUCCAAUCACUUCCGUGUACGUUUCGCCUUUGGUUACCAGAAUGAAUCGUUCCUAUAUAGUAUGUACACGAACCCAGAAACGUGUAUCUGCUAAUAAAGUUGUGCAACAUUGUUUUUCAAAACUAAUUUUUAAUCAAAUGUAUGUACAGUUGGAAAAAAAUAAAUGUUUAAAUAGUAUAACGUAUUCGACACAAUGUUUGAUCCAUAUAAAUUCGUGUCGGUUUUUGCUAUGUAUAUGUAUAAUACACGCGUAAUUGAAAUGAUUCUAGUUUAUAAUAUUAUAUAUUUUAUUGUAUCGAGUGAAUGUAUGCACUAUGUUGUGGUGUAUAUCAAGUAAAAAAAAAAAAUAAUAAUAACAAUAAUAUAGAUAUAUGUACGAAGAAAAAGAAAAUGGUGCAUAUGCAAUUAUGUGUGAACGGUAUACCCACCAUCGCGGUUGUAUAAUGAUUUAAUUUCUUUUUUUUUUUACCGAGAUUUACAUAAACAUUACGUCUCGGCGGUCAAAAUAUUAGGUUUUCAUUAAACAAAACAACGUUGUUAAACAGUGUGUAUAUAUUAAUAAUACGAAUUUAAUCAUUAUUGUUAACGACAAUAAAAAUAUUGACACGUUACGCGAAUAAACUCUGUACAGAUUAUAAAGAUUGGAAAGUGCACAUGAUGCAAUAUAAUAUAUACAGUGGAAAAUGGAAAUAUCGAAAAGUCAAAAGCUAUUAUAAACUACAAUAAUAAUAAUGUGAUGGUCGUCGCUAAAAUUAAAUUCCAAGACGCUGCGUUUAAGAGGUUGUUUUUUUUUUUUUUUUGUUAAUAAAAUCGGUGACGAAAACAGCGAUAAAGGGCGACGCGUUUUAAAAAGAUCGUUGUUACGAUAAAUUAAAACCAUUACGGGAGAUUCGAAUAAAACCGACCACGGUGGCGUUAGUUUUCAAAUGAAAUGAAACGCGUAACUAUAACGACUUCGGCCGAUUCUGCGCCUUUUCGGAUUAUAUGUGUAAACGUAAUCAUAUUCGAUAAAACUUACUUUUCAUAUAUUACGUACGUUGUGGAUACACGGUUAAUAGACAUCUCAAACAUAAUAUUCUAUGCACAAAAGAACAAUGAAUCUCUUAUGAUAGUACAAAUCCAUGCGAAAUUCAACGACGUACUCGUCAUACGAUCUCGACAUUACAUCGGGCGUCUUUUCCGUUUUCAUCUGACAAAAGUGAUUUGUCGUAUACGAGAUUCGAGAAUGUUAACCCCCUGGUCCGCCAUUUCGUGGUAAUAGUAAUUAUUGCGAUACGGGUGAUAAAUCUCUCUCUCUCUCUCUCUCUAUACGUUCAUAUAUAACCCUUUAUCAACAUCUGAUAUUAUCAUAAUAUAUUUACGUGAAUACGCGUGAUGAGAUUCUCAUCCACACAAAUACGGCGGAAAAUAUAAUACGCGGUAUACACUAUUCUAUAAUAACCCGCGAGUCUGACCCCCCGCGACGAAGUUCAUCGGUGGUGUUUCCCCGCUUCCAACACUCGUCUGUUAUACGUGUAGGUGUAUUGUAUUACGGUAAUUAAAAGAAGUAAAAAAAAAGAAAAAUCGGAUGUCGGAACGUCGCGGCCACGGAACUGUGACUUGCAACAACCGAUAAUAUUCAAUACCCCGCGCGUGUGUAGCCGGGAAUUUUGUUUAUACCUAUGUAUACUGUAUAAUACACUUCGGUCCAUGUACGAAAAUUAUUCGUUUAAAUUUUAUUUUAUGUAAUUAACUAUUCUAUUUGAAGCCUCGUGAUUAAUAACGCGUGAAUAUAAUAAAAUAUUGUUAUGUACACGGAAAUCCGUGUUAUACAUCAUAAUCGCGUGAAUGAAAAUCCUUUUAUUUCCCGUGACGGAUAGGUUUUUCGAGUAGGUAUAAUCGGUAACAUUUUUAAGUGUCGCUUCGCAGAAGGUCGUUACCGCAGGACCCCCUCGUACAAGGCUAUGUAAAAGUUCCGAAACUCGGACAUUUUUUCGAAGUCCGGUAAUUUUCACAUUUUCAGAAGUAUAUAAUACGUUCGGAGGAACUAGGACACACACUUACAACUAUUUACUAUAUCGCAACACAAUUUUUAGCUGUGUACUAUGUGAUUUUCCAUUCCGAUCAUACAAUAAUCUAUAGGCGUGAUGUCUACGGGAGAAGCACGGCGAACAACUGCUUCCCCGGUUACCUGAUGGAAGUUUUAAUAGAAUUUUUGGGGAAAAGAAAACCGCAAUUGACGUUACAGGUGCGUUGUGUUCGAUUUUUCAUCGUCGUUAAGUUUACACCGUACACAACCAAUCGUGUUUCAAACGCAGCGAAAAAUCGAAACCGAAGAGGCCGUUUCAAGUUUAAAACAUAAAGUUGCUUACACCGCUCUUUGUACUCGUGCUGUUAUUGAGGUUGACUUUUCGAUCGAUUGUCGUUUAUAAUCAACGUUAAUUGUUUGCGAUCAAUAUUGUCGUGUGAUUAGCGACUAACGACGCGAUCGGUGUCUGGGUAUCUGGACACACUCUUUAAACCCAUUAACGUUUGACAAUCACAAUUUUUAUAUACGAUUCGUAUCUGCUUAUGUAUAAUACGCGUUUUUUUCGGUCUAACGGACCUCGGUAGCGGGAAUAGUCAGGAAUAAGUUAUAGAGGCGGGAGGGACUGGGAGAUUUAAAUUAGCCGUCGGACACCCGUCUCGAAAAAUUCCUAUGUAGUGGCGCCGCUGUGCGCGAUCAAAUGUUUUUCGAUAAAUUGACGGAACACGUCUACGCAAAAUUACUACAAUAAAAAUAUUUUUAAGAAAAUGUGGACAACUAAAACAGACUAAUACAUACGGAGCUAUAGAUAAGGUUAAGAACAUUGUGGCCUGCCUAAAUACCCCCCAGAACCCCUAACCCUCCCCCAUCCAUUGAUAAAUCCUGGCUGCGCCACUGUACGUAUAAACGUGUUAAAUAUCAAUACCUGAUAUCUUCAUGUGUACAGACAUACACAGGUGUAGGUAAAUUUCAGCGUGUACCGAGUAUAGCGGUCGUAUUUUUACGUAAUUUUUUACGUUUCGCAUUAUAUAUGUACACUCGUAUUAUAAUAUAAUAUAAUAUUAUUGUACCCUAAACGUGUGGUGUCAUUGCUGUAUAUCAUAUUAUAUUAUUUAUACGGAAUAAUCUUAUACUCGAUUUCCCUUUUAAUUUUCGAUUGUUCUUUUUUCUUCAACCGUUUUAUUAUUAUUAUUAUUAUCAUUCGUUUUGAAUGUAAUUGGAAUCUCGUUUACACCUGUAUAAUAUCUAUCUAUAUACAUAUAUAUUUAUAUAUAGGUAGGUACGAAAACGGUCGCGCGACAUAUUGAUGCACGAAAUUCGAUUUCACGUGUUUUGCAGCUGUAUAUUAUAGCGGCUGUUAUUUUUCUUUCUUUCUUUCUUUCUUUUUGUCUUUCUUUUUAUGUCACAUCUAUAGAGUAGAAAAAAUCAGUAAAAUAACAAACGUCGCGCGACACUCGACAUUAUAUUUUUUUAUUUAUAAAAUAGUAUGAUUUGUCAACAAUUAUUAUUAUAUUAUGCUGCAAUAUUCUAUACGCGUUUAAUAUAUUAUGCACUCUUAUAAUAUACUUACGCCUAUAUAAUAUACAAUCGUACGAAACUGCAAAAAUUAUCUACUCACUUGUAUGACAUCAUGUGUGUGUGUGUGUGUGUUCAACAAUAGGUAUUUGGUUAUGUGGUCCAACAAUUUAAACGAUCCAUCUAACCGUUGUGCAGUGUCGCACACCAUUUGAGGGUUCAGCGGUAGCGACUGCAGAAUUUUGGACGGGUAGUCGUACUGGCGAUACCAUAAAAAUAUCUCUUUAAUUUACGUAAUAUGUUAGACAUUAAAAAGAAAUCAAUUAUUAAUUGAUAAUUAAAGAAUAUUAUAGCUAAUAAGCUAAUGCUGAUUUGGUGCGAUUUUUUCGAGGGGGAGAGAGGUUGGAUUGCAUAUUAACCAUUCUAUCGGCCUCAACAAUUUAAUUUCGAGUGUACGUCACUGCAACCAUUGUAGUACAUUAUGACUAUUUAAAAAUUUUAAAAAUUCAUUAAACCAAACGAUUAUUGUACUCGAGUAAAUAAUGAAAAUAUAUUAUAAUAAGGGUAUAUAAAUAUCUCGAUUGUUUUAAUUUUAUCGAGUACAAAAAUGAUCUCGAAUAUUCAACGUUAUUGUAAAUUACUAAUUGCGAACGAGUUGCAACUUAUUAUUUUUAAUAACUGCUGUUGUUAUAAUCGAAUAACAUUUAAAUAUCGACAUUUAUCGGUGCUGAGCAUUUUUUCGGUGAACAUCCAUUGCGUGUACAACACCCUCUUCCUUAAAAAAGCUUCACAAGCAGAUAUAUCGGACCUUUCCCUGAACGUUUAGACUUUCCCCGGUUGCCUCCUCUUCCCAUACGUAAGAGUAUUUUCCCACACAUAAAAGUAUUUUCCUACACGUAAGAGUAUUUCCUAAAUAAAUAAUAUUUUGUUACGAAAUCUAUUAGUUCAAUAAUGUAUCAUUUAUUUUCUAGUGAACACACAGUAAUCAAAAUCCUACUAUACUGGAUGUCCAAUAGACUUUAUUAUGUGUCCAUAGGUUUUCUAAACCUCUUUAAAAAAUACAUUGGGAAAAUUAACUUUCAGGAAUAAUGGCAUUGGGAAAAUGUGUCUUCGGGGGAGAAAAAAAAAAUUGGAAAACGGUUUCCCCGAUUUCUCAACAUAUAAUUACAUAUUAUCAUAUAUUUUGUCAAGUACCUACCACCCAUAAGUGGGUACUUAUACUUACUUCUGUAUAAUAUUUUCAGCUACAUAUACCACUAUAAAUGUUUUUUUUUUUUACAUAAUUGUUAUUAUUUUAAAGGUCAUACCGAACAUUUCACGUUUGAUAACACAAAAACCGAAGUUACCUCGAUAGCCUUAUCGUUUUAUUCCGGUCUUUUCGCUUAUAACGGAUGGUUAGUACUUACAAUACCUAUAUAACUAUAUUGUUUACAUAAUAUACAAUUUUUUGAUUAUUAUUAUUAUUAAUCCUUAAAGCGGCGGCGGUUUCCUUAUGUUUGAUAAUAAUUUAUUUAGACGCAAACGACCAUUAAAAUACUGCAGUGUAUAUGCGCAUGCUACAAAAAAAUUAUAAAUUACAUUUAGGUGCCCGUAAUUUAUACAUAUAUAUAUACGCAUAACGUAUAGAUACACAAAUAAUAAUUCAGCAUGUAAUAUUAUUAUGAUGGGCGAAACAUUGCGUAUAUAUAUAUAUUAUGGUCAUGUAUAUUGUAAUUGAAUAUUGCUCGAAUACAUAUAUUAUGUUAUAGAUAUAGCCGCAUAGGUUAUAAUACAUAAAUGUAGAUUGAGAAAUAGGUACACGUAUAAUAUACAGGUAUAUGUGCGCGUUCUUGACAAAAACGUGUGUAUUAUUCAAUGAACGGGGGAAAAAAAUCAAAAUCAUUUGUUCGUGCGAUUUAUCUGCAGCAGAAAUCGCAACGAAACACCUGUAUAAUGCGACGACGCUAGAAAGUCUUAAAAUGUAUCGCGUGCAUGAAAUAGCUGGCGAUUUGGGUUAUUUUUCCGACGGCCAACGGGUGUAUACGCAAAAACGCUCGCCCGCAAUAAGGUAUAUUCGAAUUUUUUUACUUCGAGACGUUAUCCGAUUCUAUACAAAUUAAUACGUUUAACCCCUCCCCCACCAUACAGAUAAUAUAUUAUUCUAACGUCAGGGAUUUUCGCCCAUAAUAUCGAAUAUUUCAAUUUUAAAAUUUCGUUUUAAAUCGUGGUAAAAGAAUACGUGUGCUGUCUCCUUCUUACAAACGUUCCACAUAGCAAAUUCGCGUUCAGCAGGAACGGCUUUGAGCCGUUAGUAUCGACAUCAGAAUGAAUCGAACUUUCUUGGUCUCGGCCCAAGGUCAUACCGUUAAAUAUCCUCUGCUACUUAUCUACAUUGACUGUCUAUUUUGGAUGCACUAAUUUUACAUCUCUCUAAACACAGUCUCUUCAUCCCACCCGUGAUCUUUCCAAUAGCCUAUUUCCAGUAAAAUUUUCCUCAAUCACAUUUUUAUCAUCGAACCAUGAGCCCAGCAGGCGUUUCCCGUUCAUAGCAAUCUUCUUUUACUAAUGCCUUUAUUACAUCUGGGCGCUGAAACAGGUUCGUCGUUUUGAAAUUUCCUCCAUUCACUUAUGUGAAAAUCAAAUAAUAUUAAAUUAUGUAAAUAGAAUUGACCAACUAUCAAACUUAAGUACAUUAUCUAUGCAAUUGCGUAGGUUUACUCUCGAUAUUUUUUUUCAAGCGAGAUAUAAGCAUUUUUAAACUGUCAUAUUUUACAUACUAUGGUAUCUCGCUCAAAAUCUAAAAGUUAAAAACCACAAAGUUGUCCGUGCUUAACGCAAAUUUGCCAUGUCGUACGUUUUGUCAAACGGAGAUAACACACGGGGGUACCAUGUCAUCCUAAUGGUUAAUGAUAAAAACAUAUCGUUUUGUUGUUGUUGUUGAUUAUUUUUUUUUUUAAACAAGCCGAUUUUGUAUGCGGUAAUGCUUAUAAUAUACUUACUAUGCAUGUGUCCGCGGUUUGAAAUGUGUAUUAUAUAUUUGCGUAUUUUGUUUUGGGGGGUUAUGCAAUUCAUGCUUUACUGUAUAACAUUAUAAUAUUAUAUUGCAUGCGGUUACGAUAAUAUGUUAACACAUCUUGAAAUACUAUGAGUAUCAUAAUCAUUUAUUAUUCAAAAUUACAAAGAUAUUUAUUGUCAUCUGGCAUAUAUUUAUAAUGAAUAUGCAUGAACGUAUUUUUAGAUGCAGAAUUUACAUCGUGUUUUGUUUUUGCAGGAACUAUUUGAACUUUGUGAUCGAAGAAUUAAAGGAUCCAAUACGGUUCGUAUAACAUAUUUCACAACUAAAGAAGCCGUUAAGGGGCUUUCACACCAAAUAUUUGAUUUCCAGAGACGUAUUUACAUUUUUGCCACCCCCUCGUCAGUAGUGGACAAAUGAUUUUUUCAUGGGAGGGGGAUUAGGAAAUUUGGCUGCCCCUGGACACUGUUCCUUUAGCGCCUUUUCAUAGGAAUAAAUUUGCCGAACAAAACAUUGGCAUUUCGAGCUUAUACUUUGCAUUUUGUAAAUGCAUAUUUUAUGUUCCUAAAACACGCAUAUUUUAGGCCGUGCUGAGCGACUAGGUAUAAACUGCAGAAUGAGGUUAAUACUUUAAAAAACCUACUAUUUACUAUUUCUUAAAAAAUGAUGACGUCUCUUGUUAAAAUGCCCCCUUUUAAAAUAUAAAUAUUUCCCUGUUGUUUUCUAUGUCUGUUUACGCGUAAUAGAAUUUCAACAAAGGUAUUCCGUAUCACUUCCAUGAUUGUUAUAUUCUCUGAUGGUGCUGAAUUUGGGGCAAUAUAAUAUACUAUCCCUUAACCUAAUAUAAAAAAAAAAAUAUUUUUUAAUGCAAUUAAUUAACAUUGGAUAAAAACAAGGAAUAUUAAGUUGUAAAUUAAAAAACGCAUAUCUUGAUAAAAAAUGAAAAUAUAAAAAAAAUAAUUACAAUGAACAACUACAGCCCGCGGGCUAAAUCCGACUCGAGAUCAUUUUAUUAGUUUUAUUAAUAAAAUAUUAAAUCAAAAUUGAAAAAAGAAAAUAACACCAAAUUUCAAAUUUAACACUCACAUUAAAAAAAGACAUGUUUAUACUUUACAUUUUUUUCUCAUUUAUAACGAUUAGUUUAAAUUCCCUGCUCGCCAAAAUUUUUUUUUUAUGGCCUUCUGUAAAAAGAGGUUGAUCGCCACUGGCUUAAUACAUAUUAUAAUUAUAAGUAAUACGACAAAAAAGAUAGGUAUGAUCUCUGCAGUGUGUCGCGUUGUCAUUUGGUACGCGUAUCUCUUCCACGUCUAGUCUAUAUUGCAGUUUUGCAUUUUUGACUAGUUUGUCGGUUGGUUGAUUGGCAAUAUAGUGGUAAUGCAAAUGAUAUAGUCAAUAAAAAGUGGAAAACUCCGAUGCAGGUGAUGUGAUUUGAGAGGGGUGUGCGUUUUCGAAAAACUGUGAUCAUACAUAUCGAAUUUGUUGUUGGUAAAUAAUACUUUUCUGUAUAAAAUGUAUAAUAUUGGUCCCAUGCCCUAAAUUCGAGACCAGAGAGUCAUGGUAGUGUAGAAUAUGGAUAACCUCUUUUGGUAUAUUAUGCGAAAAACGGACAGAGAAACCAAUAAUGUUGGUGUGCAGACUUUCAGAUCGUCGUAAGAUAGUUUGAUAAUUCAUUGUUAGUUUUUUUUUUUUUUCAGAAAUCUGCCGAAAGCGAUUGCGAUAUCGUGCAUACUUGUCACAAUCGUGUACGUUUUCACUAACGUUGCUUUUUAUACCACUUUAUCGCCCCGAGAAGUCCUUACUUCAGAAGCUGUUGCUGUGGUAAGUGAAAUUACAAAAAAAAAAAAAAUAAUAAUAAUAAUUUAAAAAAAUAUGAAAUCUAAUACAAACUUAAAAAUUUAAAUUUAAAAUUAUACGAUGUAUAAAUAAAACAACAUAUUAUUAUAUUGUACUGUUUUUCUCCCUUAAAAUUUGUUUUGGCCAAUCGAACGCUAUAAAACUGAUAAAUAUAAGUACCAAUAAUAUGUGCAUAAUUUCUAAAUACAUUUUUUUAACGACGUUUUCAUUGUUUUUUGUCUGUAGACAUUUGCAGAAAGGUUGUACGGUCCGAUGGCGUGGACAAUUCCCGUAUUUGUUGCUUUGUCUACAUUCGGUGCUGUAAACGGUAUUCUACUAACAAGUUCAAGGUAAAAAAAAAAACAAAACUGUGAUACAUUACAUUAUAUUUUAUCGAAGAAAAAAAAAAAUAAACAAAAUGUUAAGUCCGGACAAAUUGAAAAAAAAAAAAAAGCCUAGCUACUAUAUUUGAGUUACAACACUAAAAAAUGAUUAAAUAUUAUCGUUAAUGUGAGCUGUAAAAACUGCAAUAACUUGAAACGCAUCGAACGUCAUUACCUAAGUACGGUACAUAUUGUACAAAAUCUUACAAUUUAUAACAUGGCAAUAAUAAUCGAAAAAUCCGAUAAAAUAGUAUAACAAUGUUCGAAAAAUGCUAUUACAUAUGUAUAUAUAUUGCAUGCAUACCUCUAUUUCACAAAACUUAAAGAAUCGUUUCAUUGUUAUUAUUUUUUCCUUGCUUUCACUGUACACAGUGAUGAAUCAAAAGUGCCCGUACAAAUGUACGUGUACCAGUGAUGUUAUUAUAUUUUGAUACACGAAAUUUUUCACGAUCAUGCACGGACGCGUUAAUUAUAUAGGAAUUUUUGUAUUUCGAACGUUUCCUAGUCGAGAAUUGAAUUCCAAUCGUUACAUAAUAUACAUAUCGCUGUAUCAGUAUCACGGACACGAGACGGAAUUUUUUUAGAGUUCGGAUUUGCGAAUGAGCAGCUGAGCAUAAUAAAUACGGAAAUAAUGUUUCGGAGGUCGAAUUCGAAAUUAUCAAUCGAAUCGAUAAAGUGUAGAUAAGUGACGCAUAGCAAUGAAAUGAUAGGUGAUAAAAAGGUGCCGUUAGGGGUAAAAUGGAAAUUCGAUAAGACUGUUGGUGGUUAGGUGCAGAUUCUCACGGAAUAAUGGCGGUGAGGCAGGCGACGAAAGAAGAUAACAUAAACGUUUUUUUUUUUUUUUGUCGUGUUUUGAUACACGUCAGAUCGAUAAUGACGUCCAGUAGUUAUAGGUUAGAUAAGGUUAAGAGGAGUUAUACUCGUAUAUGGUGUGUCCGGCUUACCAACGCUCGGCAUGGUAAUGUUACGUUACUUAGAACAGAAAUAUCUGGUUUACACGCAUGAAAUUAGAGUUAACAACAAAUAACGAAAUUUAAAGAGGAACGUAUUUUCGAAGGUUGUACGUAGCUUUUUUUGUAAACAGUUAUCGUACAAUAAGGUUGUAGCCAUGUUAGUUUAUUUAUUUUUUUUAGCUGCAACUUUUUAUUCGUAUAACAAUUUUUAUGAAAAAAACUGCGUACAGUCAUCGAAAAUAUUCAUCUCUUUAAAUUUUGCUAUUUGAGUUUAACUUUCUAAUUUAACUCUUCUAAUUUACACCUAAACGCCACAACUAAUGUGCUUGACGUAAGGGCUGUUGCUCGUUGGUUCGACCAGUAUUAUUUUACCAUUUACUGUUUAACGAAACAGUAAAUGGUAAGCGGGUAAGCGUUCUUUCAACCUGACGUUUACAACAUUAUGCUUUUUAGAUUAUUCUACGCUGGUGCUUGCGAGGGACAAAUGCCGCAGAUUCUCACGAUGAUCCAAAUCACGCGACUGACGCCCACCCCGGCGGUCAUAUGCAUAGUACGACCUAUUUUAAUUAUUAUUAUUUUCUUAUUACCGUGAUAUGAUUUGUCUUUACACGUGUGUGUAAUUUUUGUUGACAUUCACAGUGCCUGUUGUCGUUGAUAUAUUUGCAAGUGUCCAACAUUUACGCACUCAUCAACUACGUGGGAUUCGCGACAUGGGUACGCACAUUAUUUACUUAAUAAUUAAUCAUUAUUGUAUAACGCAAGGAAUUAAAAAUGUAUCGGAACCGUAACCUUCAAGCUCCUCUUACUUAAAUCGCCAAAAAUCAACCAAACUCUUUCACGAAUUUGAAAGUAAUCACACGACUUAUUAUAGAGUCCGGCAGAGAACCUUUUUUUCUACUCGUGAACAUAGCGUGUACCCUUCCACCCCUCAAAUCAAAUAUUAUACUGAAAUCGUGUCGUUUCUUUUCAGUUGAGUAUAGGAGUGUCCGUCUUGUGUAUACCGUGGUUGCGUUGGACCCAACCCGAUUUGCCGAGGCCGAUCAAAGUCAACAUAUUUUUCCCUGUCAUCUACAUUGCUGCCACGCUUUUCGUGACGGUGAUUCCGAUAAUCGCGAGUCCAAAAGAAACAGGUAUGUAGACGAAAUUAUAUUUUAAACAACACGGUUUUAUACACUGACUCAAAAAUUGUAAUGUAAGUACGUGAUCCACUAAAACUGUAACAUAACUAUAGUGAUGAUCGAACCAAGACCGUGGCCAAGACUCGGCAGUCUUGAUCUCCUUCUUAUUGUUGCACACUCAAUAUUGGUCUCGGUCUUGCAGGUAUUAUAUUAGUAGUAUAGUUUCAAAUACACUGCACGGGGAGAUGAUCGGCAAAUUAAUUUUAAUUAGUUCGACGAGUUUAAAUAUCUAUACAAUAAACAAUAUGUGUGAUAGUUUGUUGGACGUUGUACGCCCUCAGCAUCAGCAGGUUGAGGUUGGGCUCGAAAAUAAGGGUCGAUUUCAUACUACUACAGGUCUGCGACGGGAAAACAUUUUCUGUACCUAAUUUUCAAACAAUGAAUCGAUUUUCCAACUUAACCUUUCCUAAUUCACUGUUGAAGUUGCUGGAUGCGUUUUGUGGGUUUUGUUUAAUAUUUAUGUAAUGCCGAGCAUGCACAGUGUACACUAUAGACUAUAGCACUACAAACUUUAACGGUUAAUAAAUUCUGAAAUUCUUUCCAACUAGUUCCACAAUAAAGUGCAAACAUUUUCGCUAUAUACAACGGAUUAAUAUUUCUAAUGAAUAAUCUGAGUUAUUUCCGCCCCUGAGUUUUAAUCGGAGCGCGCCCCCAUACCUCGGCCACUUGAAACGCCUAUCGGUUCAAAAGCGGUGGAAACGUUUCAAUAUUUUAACAGUUGAACGUUUUAAUCUUCAAGACAAUAGAAAUUACUGUUAUCUGCAGCCAUAAAAUAGAACGAACGGCAAAAUACGGUACGCCACGGGCUUUAUUGUUGCCAACCGCCACUACAGCUCGAUAUUAAUGAUAUAUUUUGUAAACAAUAUCGCCUAUCGUUUUUCCACUCGUCCGUUACAUUACAUUAUUUUUACCAAACUAUGUAAUACGAUACAAUAUGUUUGAAAAUAUAUUAUGAAAUCUGUGCGCAUUAUGAUGUUUUCAGGAUAUGGUUGUCUGAUGAUAUUGACCAGCAUACCGGUGUAUGCGGUGUUCAUAUUCUGGAAAAACAAACCGGGAAUGAUGAAUAAAAUUGUCGGUAAGAAACAUGAGGAGGAGACGGGAAAUUUCGAAUUAACUCUCACAAAAGUAAAAAAAAAAUGACCUAGUCUUAUUGUCGAAGGCGAAAAAUUUCCAUUUGAAAAUUAUUACCUGCUAUAGUUCUUUUUUUUUUACUAUUUCUGAGAGUAACUAUCUGAAACUUCCCCUUAUCACCCGACUGCUCCUAUUAUAUUUUUGAUCUCGUACAACAGGACCUAAAAAACCUACGAUUCACCUUCGAACACUUUUAAACUCGAAGAUAGAAAUAACAGAUUUCCAUAAACAAAAAAAAAUCCGUGGGGACGUAGCUCUUUAUACACUACUUACCUUACACAUUUAUAUUAUUUAUAAAACGUUUAGAAAAAUUAAAUAUAAGUUAAAGUGUAAAAAUUGUACUUCCAUAAAACAAUUUGAAAUUAACAACAUGUAUUGGUUAGAGUGAGAUCAUUAGUUGAUUGUUUGUUGUCAGCUUUACUAUUGUUUCUACAAGAAUUACAUUAGUAUAAGAUAGGUACGUUAUAAAAAUUGGUACCUGUACACAUUUGUAAUUUAGGGGACGCACUUUUUUAGGCCCUGUCGUACACUCAAAUCGUACAUACGAUAAUAUAUUAUUGUAAUUUACUUUUUCGCAGGACUCGGGACGCGGUAUCUGCAAAUACUUCUGAUGGUGACAACGGCGAAAAAACCGGACACGGUUUAAAAACCGCACGACCAUAAUAAACCUACAAUAUUAUAAUAAUAUAUCCGAGUCAUAAUAAUAAUAUAGUCAACAUAAAUAUUAUUAUAAAAUAAAAAUACGAACUACCCCUACCUAUAUAAUAUAAUACGUUACGAUAUCGCAAUAAUAUAACUUUACUCGCAUAAUAAUAACAAUAAUACAAUUAUUAUAUUAGGUCAUUUUUUUUUCUCUAUAGUAUCACUCGCCGCCCCCCCCCCGUAGUAUUACGUACCUAUAUUAUAAUAUUGUAAUCGCGCGUGAUAGGUAUCAAUAGGAAAAAAAAAAAAAUCAUUCAAAUCGGUAGUAUUUUUAUGAGUAGACGUAACGAUUUAUUAUUGUAAAAUAUAUUUAUAAUUUACCGUACCCCGCAUUAAAAUUGUGAACACCGUUCGGACCGUACGACCGCAGUAACCCGCAGCACCGCGUAGCGGCGUGACUGCGUAUCCUGCACAGCAGCCGGAACAGCGCGUCAAGUUAUGCGCGGCCCUUUACCGCAUUAUAGACACGAAAAAGGUGAAGUACCCCCGGUACAGCCUUAGGCCCGUUCUCGCCCACGUAAACGUUGAUUUUUAAACGGAGUUUACGAGAUAAUCGACCAAUCGUGGUCGGUUAUCGGCCGUAAACUCAGUUUAAGAAUCAGAUAAACGCUUCUUUUUUUUUUUUUUCUGCGUAGGUGAGAACGGUCUUUAGUCGGAGCGCCCGAUUCUCCUGGGCUCUGGUCGUUUUUAGGUUUUGUGCAAUUCCACCGCAUCUGUUUCGCGGAAAAAAAAAGAAAACUCCACGCCGCCACGCACGUACGCGCACUAAUACGACCCCCGUAGGAUCUUUGAGUUUCCGGGGCUCGAACCCGUCGGCGGAUUUAUCAAUCGCCGACUACACCUGUUUACUAUAUUUCUCAGUCGUGAUUUUCGGAAGGCUAUAAUGGCUAUACACGCAUAAGGUAUAACAAAGACAGAUCGUCAUAACCGCCCCAUAAUAAUAUGCCCGUAGAUAAUAGACGCAUCGCGUACAAGACCAUAGCGUACCUGUAUCGGCCGUAUCUGUGUGUACGGUUCGAACGCGUGUUUUUUUACCGACGAAUUUAUUAUGAUAUACUUACAAUACUGUGCAUCUACAAAACAAAUAUCGUGGCGAAAUUAAUAUCGCGACGAUAACUGGCGACAGUGCCGCGUUCCAUACUAUGUUCUUGGUCCGCGGGGAAGAAUGGCUCGAGUCGAUUUACGCGCAUGGUUUUCGACGUACCGGCGAAUCAAACUUUUGAAAGCUGCUGAAUGAUGUACGCGUAUAAUAAUGGCUACAUUUCUAAACGGUUCAGCUUGAAUGUGGCUCGAGUCGUAAAUGACAUAAAUCCACAAUGCGAUCGUGGCCACUUGAGAUGUUUUAGUUUUUAGCAUACCUACAACAGCGUGUUUGAAUACGCGUACCACAUUUAGACCGACAAAUAGAGGGAACGAAAUGGCGAAACGAUAACGAUUAAAAAUUGAAGAAAAGAAAAAAGGCCGAAAAUCGACCAGCACUUCUUUCCGGGGACCACAGAUACAACACCUAUACAACAAUACACGUUGAACGCGAUAUUGUUAUUAUACAUUUAUACCGCAUCAGUAUUCGAAAAAAAUGACAAUAAUUAUUAUAUUACGAUUUUAAAACUUUACCUGAUAACAUUGUAAUAAUAUAUUGUGUACGUUUUGUUAUUGUUAUUAUUAUUUUUUUUUUUUAAGUUUUAAUAAUUUUUACAAGGUUGGACAAGUCAUAACGCAUAUAUACGGUUAACUCGGUUACGUGAAGUAUCCUGAAUAAUUCGAAAAAAAUAAAAAGAAUAAUAAUAAUAAUAAAACAAUAACGGUUACCUAACGAGUUGAUACGGUACAUAAAUUUCUAAAAUCGUUACUGUCACCGUGAAAACGAUUGGAAUUGGCGACCCAGAGUCGGCGGAAUUUUUUUUUUCUCGAAAACAUAAGAACGGUCGACGGCAACUAGGGGAAGGCGGUUUAUCCGGGGAACAUCGGAUUAUACCAACUUGGAUUUCGUACAUUACAAUAUUUCACUCGGUCCGUACAGACCGCAGUGGAUUCGAUUUUCCGUGGACACUAAACGUAAUCGAAAUUAACUCGGAAGUUACAGGUAUAAUUCAAAAUCAACUCGACUUCAAAAUUUUCAAACCGUUAAUGUCCGGCCUCGAGUUUUUGUUCCGAUCAACAGGCGGUUUGUAAUAAUAGGUGUAUUAUAGGUGCACACUACGGUUGUUGAGCGUAGACGAUAUUAGCCUGUGUUUUUUUUUUUCAAUAUUUAUCAUUGAAAAAACAAUUUUAAAUCGUAACAAGAAUAGUCUCGUAGUUUUUACUUUUAGACGAUUUUUCCGGGUUUAAAUUGAAAUUUUCUCGUUUUGAAAUUUCAAGACAAAUGACACGUCCCCGAUACAGAAUGUUAACGAACAAUCUAUAUAAUGUAAUUGUGUAGUAUACAUGGUGACACGGCAAAAGGGUCUAAGCGACACGGCUUCGCUGCUAUUGGAUGGAGAAAUACGAGUUUCGUCUGUUUCUAGAGCGUGCGAAAACAGCUGGGACCAUUUUUUUUUUUUUUAACGAACAAUGCGAAUUUUAAGUUUGACGUAUAAACGACACUUUUUAUUUCGCCUUUUCAAUUAUUAGGGUCUAAACGACAACAGAAGCUAAUUAACAAUGCGUAUUCAUAUUAAGGCCGUACAAAAAAUUUACCCACUUUUUAAUUUAAUUUGAGAUUCGAUUCUCCUGAAAGCUAUGAAUUGUGUCGCAUAGACACGACCUUUUGCCGCGUCACCAUCGAUACAUGAUAAUUAUUGUGAACCGCAUGUUGCAUUUUUAAACUGCCCUUUUCCGCAUUAUUAACGUGAAUAACGAAUAAUAUGAAUUAUUAUAUAUCAUUGUACUUCCAUUUAAAACUUUUUUUUUUUUAAUUGUUGAAAAAUCAAUUAUUUUUGUAUAUGUUUUUGACUUUUCGUUUUUUAUUGCACAAUCGAGUACAUUAAGUUUUAAUAAAUAUAUAUUAUAAUACAUUUUGUUAUACUUAUACACAACAUAUUUUGUUAUGGAUAUUAUAAUUAUUAAUGUUUUUGUUUAUAUAAGUUGUUACUGAUGACUUUUGCGGUCUCAGUGAGUUUAAUUUUGUGGUAAAUACAUUUUUUUUUUUUCCAUGUUAUAAUAAUAUUGUACCCACCCGUCGCGUGCGUAUUUGUAUUUUUUAAGUUUUUCUACCGUGCUAAAUAAUAACAAUAUCGUUACGUUAGCGUCACCUACCUAUAUAAUAAUGUUAUCUACCUCUAGUAUAUUAUUAUUGUAUUUUAUUUUUUAAAUUUUAAACGAGUUGGUUUUUCAAAUUUUUAGUUUUCCGUUGAUAUUUGUGUUUCGACGGUUUUAAAACGAAUAUCUUUAUAUUUUUUACGUUUCUGUCGCUGUUUAAAAUAAUAUUAUCUACGCUAUAUAUACCCCAAACGAGUCGAACGUAUCUUCCGGUCAAUAAUAUACUCAUUUACAAUAUCUACCCGUUAUACAUAAGCAUUUUAGUUUAUUAACUAUAUAAAUACCUACACAUAUUUCAUAUCUGUAAUAAAAUUAACAGUUUCAUAAUGCUAUUGUUAUGUAUAUAUAAAUUUAUAAUACAAGGAUGUACCUACUAAUAUAAUUAUUGUACAAAGGCUUCGUGUCGUUUGGCCACACCAAAGUCCCAAGUACUAUUGAAACGACAUAAUCGCAGGGGCGCGUAGAUUUCUUUACUAUUUGCUAAUAACCUAAUUGUCAUUCUUGGAUGUAGUUUUUUUCUCAGUCAUUAUGGCCAAUUGUCAUCGUCUGGGUCUCUGACUGACGAAGACGUAUCGAUUACCUACCUACUUAUUAUAAUUGUAUUUGUAAAAAAUACAAUUAUUUCAUUAUGAGCAGAACUAUAAUUGUUGCGCACCCUUAUGAUAAUUAUCGAGUUUGAAUUUACGACUAGAUACUCGUAUGUAAUAGACUUAUCGACUACCUAUAUUAUUGUGUUUAAGACGUGUGACAAUAUAUAAUAUUAUGAAACAACAAUAAAUUAUUAAUACCUAAUUAUACCGCUUGUUUGUAUAAUUAACAUAUGUUUACAGAAAUUUUUUUUUUCAAACAAUGAAUUACAAGAUCGAAUGUAAUUGAUACAAUAAUAUAAAAUAUACUAUAACUCAAAUAUUAUAAUAUUAUAUUUGUUUAUUUGUUUGUAUAAAAAAUAUUUUUGAAAGUUCAAUAACAUGUGAAAGUAUAAAAAUAUACUGAAUACUCUAGGCAAACUGUGGCCAAAAGUCAUCUGGGCUUGUACACAAACACGAAAAAAACAUUUGAUUUUAUUGACAAAUUUUAUCAUGUCACUAGAAAAUUGUUUACAUUUUUUAAAAAAAUUACAGUUUUGAACAGAAUAUAAAGUUUUUAUACUUAUUGUUAUGACCAUAAGUAAAACUGGACAAUUUUAUUAGAACAGGCUAAAUGAUGAAUAUGAAAAAAAUGUUUAGAAUUUAAAAUGUAGAAAUUAAGUUUUUAAUUUUAAUUUCAAAUUCUUUUUAGUUAGUAUUAGAUCAGGCCAUGAUCAGACUGCCCUGACUCAUAGUUUUGCCUAUUAUUAUGAACAGGGUUCAGGACUUCAAGCAUUUGCUUAUUUUUUUGGCUAAAAAUAAAAUCUAGCAGAUUGCUACAGAAAUUAAUGUCAUGUUACAAUAAUCUCAAAUAUGAAAAUUGAGUGUUUUUUUUUUUUUAGUUUUUCUGAUUAUUUUUUAUUUUUUGUAUGUCUUUGCUUAAUUAAGACACGUGCCACUAACAAAAACCUAAACAUUUUGGCUGAUGACUGUUUUAGAUUCUGAGUGAAACAAAUUUUGGUUCUUUAAUUUAAAAAAUAUUAAAAGAUUAAAAUAAUAAUAACGUACCAAUAAUAACAAAAAUAAAAUAAUAAUAU